GAAGGGAGGAGCACAUCCUAAUGCAGAGAUGCUGCAGUGACUCAGGGCGCGCACACAUAACACAGGCAGGCAGGCAGGCAGCAGCACAAGGCGAAGGCUCACCUGCAGAAGGAGGGCAGGCGGCAGAGAGGAAGGUUGCUGCUGCUUCUGCUGCUGCAUCGAGAGCUCCCGGGCUCUCCUCGCCCAGGCACGCCACACGCGCAUACACGUGCCGAUCCAGCCACUCUCUCUGCCCAAGGUAGGAGGAGGGGGCGCGGGGUGUCCUUUUAGGCUCCCCUGACUCUGUUCCCAAGAUUUGGGCUGCUCCGGAAGGUGCAAGCUAACUUUCAGUCUAGGGGGAGGGGAGCGAGAGAGAGAUGGAGAUCAUGACAUCAGUCGUUCAGCCACGCCGCCGCACCCGAGCAGGGCUGUCUAGUGAUGGCAACGGGUUUGGCGUGGGCGCAUGGCACGGGCAUGCCAGGGAAGGGGCUGCCGGUGCCAAGGGAGAGGUGCCCAAGAGCGUCGCCAGUCAGUGACAAGGGAAGGGUUGGCGGCGGGAUGGGGUGCGGUCCCUGUUGAAAACGUGUUUAUCUGCGAUGCUUUGCAAGGGGUGUCGGAAGAAGUGGUGGCAGGAGGGCCCAGGUUUUUUGACUUGCUUUUCUGAACCGGUGCCACGUAGGUGUGACCAAAGAAAGCGGUGUCGAAACGACCACCCACACCUGAACUGGAAGAGAUCAAGGGCAGGGAGCGAAGCAAUAGGAUGGGAUCAGUUUGAGUUUUCCUACUGCAAGCAGAGUCUGUCUCCUCAUUAGGGCUCCAGAGAGAAGGGAGCGCUGGCUUCUGCUCUGUGUGGGUGUUGUAUUUUUCUCUCUCCAAGGCUAUUAAGCCACUUUGGACACCCACCCACCCUUCGUAGAGCAACUGUAGAAGAGGCUGUUGGGCUGGGAGGGGGGCUACUUGAUGGGAUGGCCUUCAGGUAACAGAACGGAUAAGUGCCCAGACAGUCCCAAUCUUUACUGAUUUUGUAUUUCAUUCGGAUCUGGAGCAAACCCAGACAACUUUGUGACCCACCAGGCUGAAUGGAGCUCCUUAGUUUUGUAAGGUAGCCCAUCAAGCACUAGAUCACUCACUUGGUUUUUCUUCCUGCCUGGAAGUUUACUCAGAGCCUUGGGGGGGGGGGGGAGAGGAAAGUUGUCAGGAACCUGGGAGGCUGCACUACUUGCCUUCAUUUGACGAGAUGGGUGACAAGUUGUGCAGGCCUGACCUAUGCAAGUUUCAACUUCUUCGGCGUCAAGGCUGAAUGAAUGAGUUGCUAAAACGACAGUUUUAAAUAUGAGAGCUGUUUGCCCUUUCUAUCCAGAGCAUCUCUGCUUGUGAUUGCACCAGAUCCAUCCGGCAUCAUGUCCAACCAUCUGCUAAUGCUCCGACCCAGGCAAUAAGAUGCCAUACUAGCCUUUGCAUUUCACAGCUUGUCUGUAAAGAGUGGGGCCGGGGCCAAACGCCUCUUCUCUACACCUGUUUGUGUGUGCUGUGCAUUGACAGCCUGCCAACUGAGGCUAGUGCAACAUGCUUUUGAGAAAGUGGGCUCUGCUGCUGUUUUCUGAAAAGCCUUCUUCCUCAGUAGGUGCCACUGGGUUGUUGUUUCUUGCAGCUGAGUGGGCGAGAGGCAGCCUGGAGGCUUGCAGCUUCAGCCAUCGCUUUCUGGAUCAAAUAACUGAAGUGCUUGCAUAUUCUAGCAUAGACCACACACUCCAGAGCUCCAUGAUCAGGCAUUUGUUUGUGAUGCACAAUUUAAAUAAAAACUUGUAAGGUCAGCAUUUGGUUUAUGCUUUUCAAUUCAAUAAUAAUCAGUAAACAUAUCAUUGCCAAAGGAGCCAUUUAUUUGUCUAAUUCCUCCUGGUAGGUGCUAAGGUUUUGAUCCCAGAACCUGUGGCACCAUGAAGGCAGCAACAGAUCCCUAACCCUCUAGUCCAGUAGAAGGUGGUCUCACUUACACAGUCCACAAGACUCUGCAAAGCGCCGGGGCUUUAUAACACCAGCCUCCUUCCUCUUUCCAAGCCAGGUCCUGCCUGCUUAGCUGCUAGCAGUUGGAUCACUGUCCUUUACCCAGACCACAUUUCACAUAAACCCUUGUGGAUUUAAACUGAACAUAUUUCUGCUCCCCAUGCAGUCACUGGCCCAUCUGGCUACAAGGAAAGCCACCUGGUCCAUUUCUCUUUACUUAUAUACACACAGCUGUUAAGAAGGCUGCUCUGAAUAAGUGGGGAAGGGGGCAGAGGAUGAGAAAGCAUGCUGAGACCAGCCUGAAAUAUGAAUUAACUUGAAAACAACACAGAUGCUUGUGAAAAUACAUUGCAUGGCUGACUGUGAAGGCGGCACUGAUCAUAUGGGAGUCCUGAACAGAUAGCUACUAUUGCUGUGAUUGAUUUGGCCAGUGAUAGUUCAGCCGAUUUGCAAGCAAUCCAAAGUGUAAAGGAAGGUGACAGACUGGACGUCUGAAUCUAGAAAGUCCAGCAUCCUUUUGUUCAUUCCAUCUUGUCUCUUUCUGAUCUAGCGACAGGCACACAAGUGGCACAUGGUCUAUUUAGAACUGCCAACUUACUCCUGUAUGUUUAGCAGGCAGAUAAGAGGCAGUUCAGGAAGUGGAUGUUUUCCUAGUGUGGUGAUACAGUGUCAGGCAGGAGAAGCAUCGCCUGCUGGUUGUCAUUCUGUCACACAGCUGUUAAAAGCACAGGAGCCAUGUCCCAAAAUAAGCACUGGCAGCUCUAAGCUUCUUCUCCCAUCUGCAGGAUCAGAAGCAGGUUUUCCCCAUGAGUUUUUGAUUGUGGGUCAUCUGUUGUAAAUGAUUGGGGUUGAGAGGCAGGUAUUACAUAUGUAUUACCCCAACUCCAACCCACUUCCCAAGUGUUAUUUAUUCUUCAGAAGAAAUUCUGAAAUAUGCAACCCCUAAAUAUUGUCAUGGUAUGCUUCCUUGAUUAUUUUUUUUAAAAAAGGAAAUAAUUCCCUUUCUCAUCUAGUUUUUACAUCAGAGAUUGAGUAGAGUGGCAAAUUAUUGCUUGAACUUCUCUUUUGCCUCUUGGGAGCAUUAUUAGGAGUCUAAACAAGAGGAGGUGAAAGUUAAACAAAAAGUAAGUGAGAAGCAACCUGUGACUUCCUGUGUCUUUGCUCUCUUUAGCUAAAUCUGCUUAGCUGGUGGAGGUAAGUGAAGUGGAUGUAAGUUAGGGUGCCCAUUUAUGCAUCACUAAAGAAAAGAGAGCAAAUCUGCAUAAACUUUGCAUGUGCUCAUUUAAUAUACAUAGAUGCAAAUUCAGAAAUGAUUUAAAUAGAAACCAGUGUAGAGGGGAAGAAUGUGACCAACUGAUUUGAGUGCCUGGUCGUUCUGCUCUGCUGUUUAUGUGUUCACUGUUGAUGGGAACUUUAAGGACCUUCUUCUCUAUAAAAUGGACUUGGACCAGACAGCCCUUCAAGUAGAGCAGGGGUGGAGAUCCUGUGGUUACAACUUCUAUCCUCCCUGACCAUGGGCAAUGCUGACCGGGGCUGAAGGGAGCUGGAGUUCAACGAGGGCCAUGGAUUCCUCACCUCUAAAAUACAGGGCAUCUUUAAAUAGUGGUCUGUCCUCUCUCAAAUAAGACAUAUGACCACUGUGAGCAGCACUGCAGGAAUGAGUCCUGACAUAAUUGAGUUUAGGAUUGGGCUUAGAGGAAGAAACUAGACAGAAUCCUGGGCCGAAAAUAGCAGCGCAGCAGGAAGUUGCUUGCAGAAUAUUGAGGGAGCCUAAACAACAAUAGCAUAUGACUGAUGGCAUUGGUAAAGAAUGACCAAAAAAAGGCACUAUGGAUUUGUACAUGCUCACUGUUAGAAAGCUGCUAGCAUAUGGAUAGAACUAGCAAUUGUCAGAUACAGACUGCAAAACCUUUGAUCCUCAUACUGUGAUAAGAGUGCUUGUUUCACCUACCUUUCUUGGGAUCUCUAGUAGCUGUUCUCCACUUGGAAUCAAAUGACCCUGCAUGCUUUGUGGUUGCUGAGGAAUGGCAGCUUUCUUCUCUUAUUCAGUAGGGGUCGGUGAGGUUUGUUCCACUGGUUUCAUUAGCUAGGUAUGAGUAGCACUGGGUUUGUUUCAUAGAGGCAAGUGUGAAAGGUUGUGCAGAUUGAUGGGAUAUUAUGUGGAGGGAGUACCUUCACUUAUGUGGACUACAACUGAGAAAGGGAAAGAGAAAAAAAGGGUGUGUGCAUUUUAUUUUUAAAAAACCCUCAUGCCUGGUAGGAUGAUGCAUAAAUAUGAAUAUAUGCAAAAAUAUGCAUUUUUUUUAAUGCAUAAUUGGCUACAACCCUACGUUCAGGCUGCAGAAAGUCUGCAGAAAGCAGAGGCUAGGAGUGGAAGAAAAGCAGAUUUUAGAAGUCCUCUCAUAUUAUCGAAGCUCUUGGGAGCCCACUAGAUAGGGGCAAGCUGCUGAACCCAUAGCGUUACCAAAUGGUCAGAGAGCUUGAUAUCUUAUUAGAGCCCACAACUCCACCAUUGGUAAUGGGUUCCCUUGAGGUGGUGCCCUUAAGAAUGAGUGCUGAGAGAAAAAUCAUUGCCCCGGGCAACAUUGAACCAGCCAUGUGCCAUUUCACUUGCUUUCUGAGCUUCACUCUGUGUCCCAUAGCAGAGACCUUUCCCUUAUGCAGUUCUUGUUGCCUGUUAUUUCUGAUGUUGCAUGAAGGUAGAUUAAUGAAGGAAAGCCUCAGAGUGAAGCAAGGGCCUCACGUACGUAGCAGGAACAAAUGCUUCAGAACUAGGAUAUUUAAAAGGAGCUUCUUUGAGGCUUUUUGUUCCAGCAUGGGAGCAGACAGGGGGCAUUCAGCUAGCUCUCUAGCGGAUACUGCUGUUGCUUGCUGCCUCAUCCUAAGGUGUUUCCCUCAUUGACACUGAUAAGGCAGACUUCUUUGCCAACAGUUCGUACAGAGUUUACAGGGAAGAGACUAGCUUCUCUAGGCAUUGCAGGUUAAACGAAGAGGCGGCGGGGGGGGGGGGGGAGAGAGCUUUCUACUUCAGCUCCCAGCCAGCCAGGCCAAAGAGGCCAAAGACUGGUGACUGUCCUGGGAGUUUAAGGCUGCCUAGUGGGAUGUUAAGAGAGCAAGUCCACAUUCCCAUAAAUUCCAUUUAAGCCUAUCAAGGCCCUGCCCUCAGCAGUGGCCUUGCCAAUAUGAAUCUUCACUAUGAGAAUCAUAGAAACAUAGAAUUGUAGAGUUGGAAGGUACCCUGAGGGUCAUCUAGUCCAAGGAGACUCAUAAUCUAUUUCUCAUUUGGCUUCUAGGUUCUGGCGUUGUUUUUGUAGCCUUGUUUUGUAUUAAAAACAGCAUAGCCUUGUCAUUGUAACUAAGGUUUAAUUUUCUGCACCACACUAUUUUGCUGUUCACUCUUGGUUUCCUUUACGUUUUGAUUAUUCCAGUUUAAGGGACACCAAAGACAGGCCUAAAAUCCCUGUGUGUUUUUUAAAAAUAAUUUUUUAUUAAAUAUUUUCUUGGUUUACAAAAGUACCUGCCUUGUCUCUUUUUUCAAGUUGUACAGUCUUUUCUACAGAUCACUUACAUUUGUUAUGAGACAUUAGUGUUGAAUACAGAAUAAGGUCAGGAAGAAGAGGAGUGUGUGUGAGAGAGAUGGUUUUGCUAAGCCAUUGUUCUUCCCUUCCCUUGCCUGCCUCCGCCUUCCUUGCUCACACACCCACUCCAGGUCUGUGAACAAUUCCACCCCCCUCUCCAAUAUAUUCACCAAGCACCAUUGCUGAUUUCCUUGAAGCACCCUGUUCAAAACACAGCUCUAUUUACUGAGAAUUUUGAAGGACUCUGGUUAUGAAUAAUCCUUGGACUACAUUUUCUGUAAGACUGUGCUUUUUGGCUUAUGAUUUCUGAGACAGGAAUAUUGUUUGUUGUGAACGAUUUAGAUGGGUUUUUAAGAGGAAAGAUUUGAUGCAAGCCUCCUUGAACGUUUACUUACUGCAAAUAGGAAGUCAGAAUAUACAUCUUUUAAGUGUAGUCCAAGCAGUGUUUCUUAUCCAAGGAGACUACAGUCCUGUUGUGGCUUUAUGAUUCGUCUUUCCCCCAGCUCCUUGUCCCAGCUUUAUAGGGCUGGAGCAGGGACAACACCAGUGCCUUGAAACUGGUCUAUGUAGGCACUAAGAGAGUGUAGCAUGCCAUGUGUAAAACAGCCCACCCUCCUCUCAAAGCUGUAAGUAAGGACACGGUUGUACGUAAGCACACUUACAUGGCAGUAAGCCCCAUUGAGCAUAGUGAGGCUUACUUCUGAGGAAGCAUGCAUAGGAUUGUAUUGUACGGCUGACUCACCUUCUGUAAUGAUUCCUGUUAAACAGGCUUAGCUUAUAGGAGAAAAUAGUGUUUCAGAGACAGCAGUUCAUUAGGAGGCCUUUCUGGAGAACUGCAAUUGUGGCUCAUUACUUCAUAAUACUCCUUCCUGACUGGCAGAUACUCCUUGCCCUACUGGCACAGAAUAUCCCUGACAUUUCUUUUCUGGCUCUUUUCCUUAAUUGAUUUCUCUGGGUUUUGAUAUGCUGCGUUUUGAUGCAUUGCCUUCCAUAUUCUCCUAGUCAUUGUUAGAGGAUGACUAAUUCCCUCCCCUCCCCCCUCUCUCCUACGCCAUUAAUUUUUGUGGUCUCUUCUCUGCUGUGUCUUCACUCUGUCCUUGUAUUCAUAAAAAGGUAAACAGAGACCUUAAGCAGAUGAAGCCCUGGAUGGUCUCUGUCCCUGGUGGCUUAUAGCCUUCGCAUUUCUCUCUGUUCAAGUCAGGCAUCCAUCGCUGCUGGAGCUCAAUGUCAGGGCAGAUGUCUUGAUCAGAAGAUUUGACUGUAAAGUAGUUUGGAGGGUUUUCAGCCUUAAUACUUGCUUGCUCCCCCCCAAAAAAAUCGUGGAUGCUUUUCCCAUUUCUUGCAAUUGUCUCCCAAUACAAAGACAAGGCAAUACAAAGUAUAUAUAUUUUGUUUUUUUUUAAGAGAAGAAAAAAAGUGUAGCAUGCCCAGGAGUUUUACCCAGAAACUGUAGCAGAGCAUUUCAUUUCACAUUUAAUUUGUAUACCGUCUUUCUAUUUUACUAUACCCAAGGUGGUUUAAAAGCUGAGGAAACAAAGAAUGUACACCUUGUAACAAUCCAAUCCAAUACAAAAAUGUAGUGAUAAAACAUAACUUUAAAAUAAGCAACCAGUAUCAAUUAAAGUAAUAUUCAACAAUCCAUUAGAAUAGUAAAGGUAAAGGGACCCCUGACCAUUAGGUCCAGUCGUGACCGACUCUGGGGUUGCAGCGCUCAUCUCGCUCUAUUGGCCAAGGGAGCCGGCGUACAGCUUCUGGGUCAUGUGGCCAGCAUGACUAAGCCACUUCUGGCGAACUAGAGCUACGCACGGAAAUGCCGUUUACUUUCCCACCGGAGUGGUACCUAUUUAUCUACUUGCACUUUGAGGUGCUUUCGAACUGCUAGGUUGGCAGGAGCAGGGACUGAGCAAUGGGAGCUCACCCCGUUGCGGGGAUUCGAACUGCCGACCUUCCAAUCGGCAAGUCCUAGGCUCUGUGGUUUAACCCACAGCGCCACCUGUGUCCCAUUAGAAUAGUAUAGAAUAUGAAAUAUCAGCAUAUCAAAAUUAAACAGAAAUCCACUCUUAACAAUUACAAUAAAUAAUUUCUAAAUUAUAAUCAAUAAAAGCAACGGCAAGUCACAGUGCAUAAAACAGUACAAUACAAAUUGAGAAGCAGAGACUGGAGGGUGGGGGCAAGGCAGGUGGAAAAGGCCUUGCCUGAUGGACGGUUGGAAGUCUCUCCCCUCACAGUUCUUCCUCUAAGCACAGGGAUGGAAAGGACUUUUCUAGCAGAAAGCUAAACUGCAAACUGUCGAUUUUGGCAAAAGUGGCAAGGGCCAAACUUUGUCAUAUUUCCACAAGUCCUUUAAAUUUUGUGUGUAGCAUUUCUUUGUACAAAAUUACAAGAUUUUUAUAUCUGCAUUUGUAGUAUUAGCAUUCUGGGAGGGUUGCACAAAUCUGUGCAUGAGAGAGAGGUGGGGGGUUGUGGGGAGAAAAGAAUGACUCACUAUUCCCACAGGCUCAGAUGAAGGAAAAGGCGAGUUCUUAAAAAGUCUAAUUGAACUUUAAAGCAAUGGGAACACUCUUUUGUCCCACCCAAUCUACUCCUGUCCUUUCCCUUAGUCCUUACCAUCCCUAAAAUAUCCAUCUCUGUUUUCUCAUUUCCGUAGUUAGCUCCUGGAAACACAAUAUAGUCAAAGCACAUCCAACAUACAUUUGAAACACGUCACUUCCCCAAGGAAUCAUGGAAACUGUAGUUUGUCACUGGUGCUCGGAAUUUUAGCUCUGUGGUAGCAAAACUACAGUUUCCAGGGUCUUUGGGGGGAAACCAUUUUAUGGGAAGGUGUAUUUAGUUGUCAUGUAUUGUCAGAUGAUUAGCAGGUGGGAGGCUGCACCCACAUGUCAUAGUUGGGCUGUGGGGUCUAGGAGACGGAAGCAUCCAGUCCUCUGGCCAGAGCCAGCUCCUUACCCCUAGUGUGUCUGAAGGCUCUCUCAUUGGUGAAAUGUUCCCACCUGUUACCUUCCCUUCCCCCUCAGCUUCCAGACAGCACUUGUCCCAUUGCAAUCACAAAUAAGAAACCAGAAUCUGUUUCAACUUGUGCUUCAAGUUAUCUGUUUCAAGUUAUGCAAUUUUUAGUGCAGUUUUAAUAUUUAGGGUGAGAUGGAAUCAUUUUAUUCCUUUGUUGUUCUUUUCUAUUGUCAUCCAUGUUGAAUAUCUCCAAACAGAAAAGGGAGAGGGAUUUUAAAAAAUAUAUAAAUAUAUGUGUUUUAAUGUGGAUGUCCAGAUACCAUUAGCAUGCACAGGGAUUGGGUACUUCAUUGUCUCUUUCUCCAAACUCCAACCAAGCCAGUUUUUGCAGUUCUUUAUAAAUCAUGAACAGAAUUUCCCAUAUUAGCUUCUAAUCUUACUAGACCUUUCAAUCCCAGUACUAGGUGGAAGUCUGAAUUGCUAUUUGUCCUGCCUGUGAAUGUUCUGUGAAUAUCAUUCACUAUUGUAAACAGCAAGACAGGGGAAUGUUUUUCUGAGACGUUGUAGGGGAGAACCUAGGAAUCUGUCUUAUACCUUUGGAUUAAUAGUCCAUCUAUCGUUGGCACUGACUGGCAACAGAUUUCCAGGAUUUUAGGUAAGAGUCUUUCUCUGCCCUGCCUAUAGAUUUCAGGGAAUGAAUUGGGAAUCUUCUGCAUGCAAACCAUUUGAUCCACCACUGGGCCAUGCCCCUUCCCUCGAUUAUCUCCUGUGCUGGCAUUUUUGACCCAGGUGGGAUUAGCACCACCAACUUGCUCAAGGCAGGGAUUUAGGAACACUUAUUUCUGGUGUUCCCAGAAGCUGCUUCAGUUUUGAAGUUUCUGCCUAAAGUUCAUCACAGCAGCACUGGAGAUACUUUCUGCAUUCCCUGCUAAGGCUUGUAUUGUUCAACACUUUCAGCUCUCUAAUCCUUCCGUACCGGAUUACCAAGACAACUCCUUUAAACUAAAUAUUAAAUACCUCUGAAGCACCUCUUUUUAUUUCAUCUUAGAUAUCCUGUAGAUAUGUGGAAAGUAUGUCAGCAUUUGGCCUGAGAUAUCUAAAACACAGGAUUGGUCAGUCUUAUUUGGGUAUACCUUCAUAUCAGAAUAACUAUCAUCAUCAUCAUCAUCAUCAUCAUUUAUAGCCCACUUCUUUCUCCAAGAAGCUCAGGGUUGUUUACAUGGUUCUCUCACUCCACAUUUAAGCCCAACAACAACCCUGUGAGGUAGACUGGGCUGGGAGGCACUGGCAGGUCCGUGGUCACCCAGGGAGCUUCCUGGCCAAGUGAGGAUUUGAACCCUGGUCUCCCAGCUCCUAGUCCAACACGAUAACUGCUACACUACACUGGCUCUCUUCUUAUUUCUUGGGAAAAGAUUACAUGUAGGUCAAUUUCUGAGAGAUGUCCUCAAGUCACAAAACUCUGCUUUUGUCCCAAGUCCCAAACUGGGUGAUGAUGAUAAUUUUUCAUGGUACUAACAUAUUCUCAUGAAACAUGGCCGACAUAGUCCACAUUUCUCACCCACCUCCACCACAUCUCCAACAUUAUCCAAGUAGCCUUGUAAGGUUACUGUACCUCUCAUACAAAUCAUAGCAAAACAGCAAGAAUCGUACUACUGCAACAAAACACAACUCCACCCAACCAAUCUAAACCUAUUUUUAUAUCCCUGAAUCUGAUAAGCUGAUCCUUAAAAGUCAAGGUGAUAAUCCCUUAAAAUCAGGUUUUAAAACUGAAAAUUGAAAGUGUUCAAAUUGUAAAACGAAGUCAGAUUUGAAUUAUAUUUCUUCCCACCUGAUAUUGAAGGGUUGGUGGUGUCAACAAAUUCCUAGCCAGAUGGCAAUCCUGGCACAUUAAGACUGCAGUUCUAUGCACACUUGCCUGAGAGAAUGUCCCCUGGCAAUCAAUGGGGAAUGCCAAGUAGGUAUAAAUCAGAGUACACCAGGGGUAGUCAACAUGGUGCCAUCCAGAUGUUUUGAACUACAGCUCCCAUCAACCCCAGACAGCAUGGCCAGUGGUCAGGGAUGAUGGGAGUUGUGAUCCAUACUAUCGGGCACCAGGUUGGCUAGUUCUGCAAGAUGUCUUUUCUUAAGCUCUUCUUUUUAAAGAAACCUUUUCACAUUCUUCAAUAAAGUUGAUGCCUUAUAGCUGUGGAGGAAGCCAGAAGCCAGGAGGCAUCUAUCAGUAGCUGAAUUUGAUCAGCAGUCAGUAUCCAUUAAGGAAUUAAGAAAUCAGUUACCUAUAGUACGGAGUGAGCAACGCCAAAAAUAAGUCAUGGAUGCAUCUUGGAACUAUUUUAUGCAUCGAAAAACAACUAUAAUACAUAGCCAAGGAGAGUUAACAAACAGCUUUAGGUUCUGCCAUUCCAGCCAGAAAAACAGUCACCAGGAGCCUGCCAAAUGGCAGCAGCAAAGAACAGCUGAGGGUCUUGUGAAGAAAGGCAGUGUUGCUAGCAUAACAUUGAGCAAGGAGCACGGAAGCUACACCCCUUUUAUUCCCCAAUUCAUUGUAGAUGCAUCCUGUGCACUUAUAAAAUUAAGACCCUACACUCUUCAGAUCCAACCCAUCACACAUCAGUCAAUUAUUCAGAAUAACUUGGUGUCAUGUGAAUUUUAUUAAUAUCAAAAUUAUGAUCUCUCACUCACACGCAUGUCGUCCAGAGGGCAAUCACUGUUGACUCUGCCAAGAUGUUGGCAAAUCAUCAUGAUGGUUCUAUACAGAAACUAAUGCCAAGGCCAUCUCCUUGUGGAUUUGCUAAAGCCAGAGCUGUCUCCCACAAUGUCUAGUUCCUCAAUACAGUUAACAGCACAAGUCCUGUUGGUUUUAAUAGGACUAGCUUCCCAUUACAGGAGGUGGGCUUGGACUUGGGGUGCUACACUUUACCAUAUUUACUGAGGAAAAACAUAAGCUUGUUAUCUGUUGGAUAAUCAUAGUUUAGACAUUAACCUGCAGGAGAGGCAAACUGCUUCCAUAUGGUGGCAUUUCUGAAAUUACCAUUCCAUAUGGCACAUUUUCAGUUAGGAGGCAAUACUAGAAGCCUCACUUCCACCUAUGCAUCACAAUGCAGAGAGGUAUCUCAGUGUCCAUCCUCAUCCAGUCUGGAACUGAUUCCCAAUUCAACAAAGAAAUCAGUGUGUGGAAGCAGCUUCCAUAUGUGUUGUUUUUUUUUUAAAAAAAAUGAUGUUUAUUAAGAGUUUAAGAAUUACAGAAAAAAGAGAAAAAGAAAACAACAAAACAUUUAACAAAGCAUACAUUACAAUACAUAAAGAGAAAAGCAUAAAAAACAAUACAACAAUACAGCAAACAACAACAACACAAUAACAUUAAAACACACAUCUAAUGUUCCAUAUCUUUAUCUUUCAUUUACUUGUUUCAUCGACCUCCUCACACCUCCCUUUUUGUAUUCUAAUUUAAUUGUUUCAGCAAAUUCUUUCCAUCUUUCUCAAUUUUUGUUAUAUAAUUUAUCUUAACGAUCUAACCUUUUAAUUAACUCAACAAAUCCUUUCCAUCUUUCACUAUAUUCUGUCAUUCAAUUUACCUUAAUUUAUUUAACCUUAUCUUGCCGUAAAAAACAAAAACAAAAAACCUUAAAGCUUAAAACUUAAUGUACAUAACUCCUUAUAUCAUUUCUACUAAAGCCAAAUAGUUUCAUUCCAACAUUUCCCCUAAUAUUCAUUAAUUUUACACUAAUUCUCAAAAUAAUUUUUUUAAAAACUUUCUUCCAAUCUUCAUCCAAUGUCUCUUCUUCCUGGUCUCGGGUUUUGUCAGUCCUUCUUGUCCAUUCCAUCUAGUCCAUCAACCUGGUGAUCUUAUGUCCGAGGCUCUUAAGUCUUUUCCAUGUCCCUUCUGCAGAUCUUCUUCUUGUUUAUACCUGCACUUUACUUUGUCUUUUGUUGAUCUUUUUCUUAAUUUCUUUCCUUUCUCAUUGGGGGGUAGGUCUCGGGAGGACUCCAAUCCAAAAAUAUCUCCAUCUCUCCUCAGCAGAUCAGCCCAUUCCCCACAGUCCCAUUCCCCACAGUCAGCACUGUAAUCCAGAAAGUAUUUAAAAACAUGUUUCAAAGUCCUUCCAAAAUUAAGAGCCCUCACAACUCCAGACCCCCCCUGGUCCACUCCAGAUUCAAACUUCAAGAACAGCGGCUUAUGCUCCUGCAAGGCCUCGGAUCUCUCCAUUUGUGUUACUUGAGGUUCAACUGCAACGUCCAUUAUCUUCUGCACUUGCGCUUGCCCUGUCAAAACAAGUUCCUGGGCUGGUUCCUGAAUGGUUUCUAUAUGGGUAUUCGCCGUUUGUCCAAAGUUUUUAACUGCAACAGUCAUCAAAUCCAUCUUCUCAUGCAUCUGCUCCAGCAAAGCACUUGUCUUGCAAAAAGCAAGCACCAAGACUUCUUGUAAACACAUUUUUAUUCAAGGUCAGAGUCUGGUCUCACGAUCCUAAUCUUACAGCUGUGAAAUCCCCAGAUCGACUCCGGCAACAAAUUAACAAGCUCCCUCUAGAGGAGACAAUUUCUAUUUGUAUCCAUCUUUUGAAAGCAGGACCAACAAAAGAAAAUUACUUUCAUUUUUCAAAUACUUUGUUUCUUUGGAAUGCAAGAAGCAACAUUGGAAUCAAUUUGUUUCUCUUUUUUUUACUAUCUGUCAAAAGACGUUCCAUUCACAGUCGAUGAACUUCCCCAUAAAUUUCUGUCUCUGACACCCCGUUCCCAGGUUUGAGACGGUGGAAAUUUAUCUUUCUUUACUCUCUCUCCUGCAGGCUUAAACAGUCAAAAAUUCCCCCCCUUUUCUCCUGCUUCCAAGAGGGGUUUUGGUGGUAAUAACUGAAGGAAAUUUAGACCUUUAUAUACGACUUUCCAGACUUUAGCUUACAAAGUUUUUGCUUCAAUCUAUUUACAAAAACGGGAGGCGGACUUCCUGUUUAGAGCCUUCCGCUUCAGUGACAAAUUAAAAUGUUUCUUAAUCCAAUUUUCCGUUCUACUCACGGGUACUUGUUUAGAGUCCAAUUGUCCACAGGAAAAAGUCAGCGCUCUCCGGCAACGGCUGUGCGGCUUCACUCCGUAAAAGUAGCGGUUGAUUCAAAACACCGUGCCACUCACCCCACGUUGCUUCGGAUCCCCGAAAAAGGGUUUCCCUGCGAGUAGGGGAGAGGCUCCUGGUGUCAGCCGAAUCCCACGUUCCCAGGCUUCCUCCACCUGGGAUUUUUAGAGGGUUUCUGCCUUCGCUGCGGUGGCAAGACCCGAUUUUCACGAAGCAGGUUCCUCUCAGUCAGAGGAACUCCGCCAUUGCCGAUGGCGCUAACCCAGAAGUCCGCAGCUUCCAUAUGUGUUAUCCCUCUUGUUGAACUUGGGCAAUAGUUACUGUAACAUAUCUAUAGAUGUGAUAAGGGUUAUGAUGAAUUAUUAGGCUUGUAGUGAUGUUUGGUAAAAUAGCUUUGAUAUGUGGUUUAGAUUAAUCAUUCUGAUGACUUUGAAGACACUAUAUCUUUGGGCAACAGUGAUGAGCACUGAAAGGAAAGCAAUGUUGUCCCAUGUUUCAGAGCUUGGAUUGACUUAUGAUUGAUAUUGGAAUGCUUUCUUCAAUAUUCAAAUACACAGGGUGAUACAACUAGGUUUUUUUAAAAAACAAAUAAAUAAAUAGCUUUUGGAAAUUGAAGAAUGAGAUUUUUAAACCACCAUUGAUUCUUUUAAGGCUUGCAGGAUUGCCAUCAUUUUAUUAUCCCAGGUCUUGGACUGUCCUUUAUGGGAGAGCUAUUUCUUGACCUGUUUGGAACUGUCCUUCCUGGAGGCUUAUCCAUACUUCUGUUUGCCCUGCCACUUUCCCCUGGGAAAAGCUGCAGUUUAGCACUGAAACAGAGCAAACGGCAAAUGCGUUCUCCAUGGAUUGCCAUUUGCUCUGAUUUAUCACUAAAGAAUGGUUUUCCAUGGGAAAGCGGCUGGGCAAGGGUAAAACCACUCAGAUCUGUGCCUGGAAAGCACAGGACAAGCAGAAAACAGCUCAGACCCAUGCUUUCUAAGCACAGGACAAGCAGGUGUAGAUGAGCCCCUAAGUUUACUUGUUGGUUGGUUGUUUAUUUGUUUGCUUGCUCUACAGAUUUGGCCGGAUUUCAGUUUGCAGGCAUCUAAUCAAAUUAAUUUGCGAAAAUUCAGACAUGAUUGACUAGGGUCAGUCAAAUUUGCCAGUAUGUAGAGCGGCUGUUGAAGAGGAUCUUAAUGAUGCCAGGCUACUUCUAGCACUCGUUUGAUUGUGAAUUUGAGCUGGGAACUGAGCUCUUGCAUUCUGCUACUGCAUCGCCCCAGGCCUUUUCACAUGAGUGAGAGGAAACCCAAGAAACAGUUUUCCAGCCAUGUGAUCCUUUCUUUUGGGGGAGAGGGAGGGAGCAGAGAGGCUUUCACUUUCAGCAGCGGACUUGCCUUGAAACUGCAGUCAAAAGGCAAAUGUUCAAGAGUAAUGCUCAGCACUUGCUCCACAUACAUUAGUGUUCUGUUGUGACCACAUCCCAUCAUGUAGUCGAACAAUGAAUCAGUAAAGCCCAAACCCCCAGUCCUAGACCAGCCAUUAAUGAACAUACCACAGCCCUACAGGGUAUUGGCAGUCGUGAGCAACUAGAAAAUGGUUGGGCUUACGCCAUAUACUCUCUACCGCAUACGAUAACAAGCUGUGCUUUCACCUAUGUAAAACAAAUGUUCCAAUUAUAGUAUUGCUAAAGGAUAUGAGUAACACAUCUCUAACUCAGCAAAGAGUUGUGGUGUGAAACCUUUUGGGUCAUUGUGUAAAUUGCGAAUAACAACAUAAGAUAAUAAAAUAUUUGUGCCUUCAGGAGCAUCCUGAUUUGUUGCAAUCAGAAGCUGGUGUUGUUUAUCUCUGCUCACAGAAAUCCUAAUUGAAAUAUUGUCAUUUCUUAGAUUUACAUCCUGCCUUCCUCCAAGCAGUUCAAGGCAGUCUACACAGUUCCCUCCCUCCCUUUUUUGGAUCUCAAAACAACCCUGUGAGGUAGGUUAGUGAGCAGAGAGUUAGUGAGCAGGGAUUGGACAUGGAUCUCGCCAGUCCAACACUCAAACCACUACAGUACGCUGGUGCAUAAAAUACAAUUUCAUUUGUGCUUUAAGAGAAGCAGGUUUGGGAGUUGUCCAGGAUUUUCAAGGAGGUUUCCAUUUUGCCAGUUGUAGUAGUCGGGUAUUUUGCCUGAAGCACUAAAACUGGCAGAUUCCAGCAGCAGCUCUGGUUUGAGCCCUUUGAAAUGUAGGGGACUUUGGAAUCUGGGGCUUUGAUCCAUUUCUGCCAGUGUUCAUUGCCAUCAGUUGCAGAUAAUUGUAGUUUAUUAUUAGUAAAGUAGCAGGCAAAUGAUUGGCUGUUACUAUUUUGAGAAUAAGGAAACAGAGACGGGAAUGGCAUCAAUUAUUUCAUGGCCUUUACAAACAAGAGAGGUAGAAUAGGAAUCUGGUGCCUUUGUACUCUUUUGCAACAUCUCUUUCUUGUUAGCAAAUGAACUUUUGCAUGGCACAAGCCCUUGUACCCCUGCUUCAACCACUUCAUCAGCAUUGGAAUAGCUCGGUUAUUAUGGGAUGCUGCAGCUGCAGCAAAGAACAAGACUCCUGCCCAAGUCCUCUGCUGGUUCCCUGACUGGAGGGGUUUAAAUGACACUCAUCCAUUCUGGUUUAAUAGAUUGCAUAGGCAUCAUUGCUCAAGACAGCCUCACAGCUCAUCCUGUUAAUACCCUCUCCCUGGUUGUAGGCUGGAGGCUGAUGAAGGGAGGGAGGGGAGAAGCACGGUACUGCCAAGCUGGCAGAGCCCUGCCAAGCCCUGUAGCCCUGCAGGGUGAUGAGCGAGGGCUUCCCUCCUGCUUGUCAGAGCAAAUCAGAAGAACUCAAAGUGGGUGCACGUGUGAACUUCGUGAGGAGCAAGGGAACGUGAGCAGAGAUGCAGGGUGGUACUGAUGAGAAAAGGCAAGGUGAUAGGGAAAGCUGAGGGCUUGGCCUGACACAGGUGCACUUGCCUCCCCAGGGAAUGUUGAGCAUGCAUGUGUGUGAGCGACAGUGAAAGGCAGAGGAGAGAUGCAGUCCAAUGAGGAGGCAUUGUUAGCUUUGGGGGUAAAAGAGCAUUGGGAUGUGACAAGAAGCGGUCCAGAAAAGUUAGCGGUGUUAGUGGCGGCACUUUUGGGAAUGAAAACACUCGCAAUACAAUGUUUAAUGUUUGAAAGAGAAAAGUGUCAGAGCUCAAGUAGGCCUCGAAGCCACAAGCUCUGAAGAAGCAUGACAUGUGCAUGCAUGCUUGUAUGCACAAACAUGCAGCCUGCUUGUGGUUACUCAGUGGUGUGAGGAAGGCGCACUUGCAGAUGCUUAGAAGCCAUCUCAUCUUCACUCUUGCAGAGCUGAGCCUUGAUCUUGCAAACGGCUUCUGGGAGUGAGGCCCAUUUCACAGCACCACCGUCAACUUUAAAGACCCAUGUUUAUCAUUCUGUGGGUCAGAAGUAGUUUUGUGUGUGCUAAAAGGAAUAGAACUUAAUAUCAUUACUAAGGCUGCAACAUUUAAACAGCACAAUCCUAUACUGAGGUAAAUCUGGCUCGAUCCAUUCCCACCUAAGUGUACAUCGGGAUUGCAGUCCCAAUUAGUUAGAUUAAUCAGUUAAAGCCUUCUUGAGCAACUGAAAAGGUGUCUCCAAUUAACUGGGCAAUACAUUUUUUAAAGUGCCUUAUUUUUUAACUUAAAGAUGUCUAGGAAUUGCAACCGGCAUGUGCCAAGCUGGAAAAGGUUUUCAAAGGGUGGGUGCCUCUUCUAAGAUGGCGCCUGCUGCAGAAGUGUAUACAAGCCCUGCCUGAAAACAAAGUCUGUUUUGAAACUCACAAUCUUUAUUCCACUUCCCCCUCCAUUAUUAUUGUUAUUGUCGCAAAUAUAUCAGGAGGGGGGAAACAACAACGUUGUCAGCUGACUUUGAUCCUGACUUAAGCAUAUAAUUUAAUACAGGCAGCCCAUUUGUCAAAAUAAGAUGGGUAGUCAUAAGAUGGGUCGUCAUAAGAUAUCCAUUCAAGCCCAGAAAGGGCAGUGAGAGCUUAAACUACUAUGUAGUAGAUAGUGAUGUUUAUCCUCCCAGCUUUGAAAUAUAGCUUGUUCUCUGCAACUACAAAGGCUCACAGGGUCUGUCCACAUUUAUUGUCUCUCUGUUAGUCUCCAACCCACAGGAUUAUAAAUGCAUUGACAACUGCAAGUAUCAAACAUUUUUCCAAAACGAAGUUACUGUGAAGAUUUUUUUUUUUUAUCAGAAAGAACACACCACAGGAACUUCUAACACUAAUAGCCUGAGAUUUCUUUGACUGAGUGACAACCAUAAUUGGUACUAAAAGCUUCCUGGUUAGAGGAUGCCUUGUAAAAGCCAGAACCAGAAUUGUCAGGAUUGCGUGAAUUCUGUAUUAAAAAUAAUAAUAACCAACAUUCUGCCCCGUGUAGCUCAAAUUCUGUAUUUUAUGCUGUGGCUUGUUUUACACAAAAUAAAUAUAUUGGCUUGUAAUUGUGAACCUGCUCUCUCCACCCUGCUCCUGUGCUUUAACAGCGGCAUGGCAAAUAGAAAUGGAGCAACAGAAGCUUUGCCUGGCAUAUGGCAUAGAGUGAAAAUAGUUGUUUGAUUUCUGUGUCAUGCUGAUAUUAAAAAUGAAAGGAGGAGAGCUAGAAAGAUCCUGAAUUUUUAAUCUAAUGCCAAGUUUUGGACUUGUUGUAUGCUCGUGUUAGCCUUAUAGUCAGGCAUUAGCUUGGUAGCAAUAGAUGAGAGGGAAUUACAGGCAGACAAGUGCAGGGAAUUUAAUGUAGCUAGUAAACAUUUUUUUUCAGGCUGGUAACUUUUGUGGACUGAUUUACAAGGCAGGUUUGCACAGACCUGUAAAGUACACAUUGCCCCUGUUACACAAUUGGUUGCUCUCUUUGGGAAAAUCACUGUUCUUUGUUAAUUGGAAUAUUUGUCCAGUUUAAUAUAUGCAAGCAAAGAGUUUAAUAUAGUUUGCAUUUAACAUAUGCAAGCCACUGUCAGAGAAUGAACUUGAGCAAACAAAAAAGAAAGCCGCUCACUGCAUCCACCAAAACAGAUUUCAGGUCUAACCAACUAGCAGUCCUCUUAAGCAGUCACAAACGUCUGAACGAACAAAUCAUUUUUUCUCUCAGGUUUCUUCGGAGUGGACAUGAUGAGCGAGCAGCCACAAAAUAUUAAUAUGUGCUUUGUAAAAGACAAAUUGUGCCAAGACAAAUGGACUAACCAAUGGUUUCAAUUAAAUGCAUGUUUGUAUUUAUAGUGUUGACUUUAGCUAAAGUCUUGUGCGGUGUUCCUAUUAACUGGAUAAGAAACCUAAUUAUAUUGUAAUAACCCAUGGAUAGUGAGAAUGGAUGUAUGUUUUUGUUCUCUCAGAAAGCUACUCCUAAUGUCUUUGAUUAAGGCUUCUGUGAGGUUCAGAACAGCCAUGUUAUUUCUUUCUUGUUUGGGGUGCUUAGAGAAGACAUAUUAAGCCUUGUAGACACAUAACUUUUCCUGUGGUGGUAUUUUUUAUAAUCUCUCCCCCGUUCAAAUCUUCAUCACAUUGACACUCAAACAUGAGGUUGAGACCAUUUCGGAGAAAUUGGCCUGGUGUGCACAACACAGUAAGCCAAAUUAUGGCUUACUGGGACUACACAAAUGUGUGGGCUCCCAGAAAGGAGCUCACUGCUGCUUUCUCGCCUCACUAAUCAUGAGCUGUAGAUUGUCAUUAAUUAUAGUGAAGUAACCACCUUGGGCAAUGAGGUGUUGGAUGACCCAAUGCUAGGGGACUGGGAGAGACAGCAGCAAGGUGUUGGAUGACAGAGCUGAGUGUGGCCUGGCCUGCACCCCCUAAGCAGCUGCUGCCCUCAGGAGACUUUGUUCCAUCACCCAUGUUGAAGUAAGAUUCAAUAGUCUGCAUGGGCAGCUUCUAGGUGUAAAGGAGGAGCAGGCACCAGCUCAUCAUUCAGGCAGCAAAAUGUUCAGGUCCAGCUCUGCACACAAUUAUAGUGGUACCUUGGGUUAAGAACUUAAUUCGUUCCGGAGGUCUGUUCUUAACCUGAAGCACCACUUUAGCUAAUGGGGCCUCCUGCUGCCGCUGCGCCGCCGGAGCACGAUUUCUGUUCUCAUCCUGAAGCAAAGUUCUUAACCCGAGGUAAUAUUUCUGGGUUAGCAGAGUCUGUAACCUGAAGCGUAUGUAAACUGAAGCGUAUGUAAUCUGAAGCGUAUGUAACCCGAGGUACCACUGUAGUCUCUUUAUCACCCAUUUACACCUUCCUUAAAUGGGCCUAUGUCUAGUCUCUUUGGGUGUUUUUAACAGGAUCCUAAAGAAUCAUUUGUCAUUUUAUAUUUUGAUAUGUACUGUGUUUUUGCUGAUUAUUCUGAUACUUUGUUUUCUGUUUGCUCUUAGUCAUUUUGGGUUCCCUCAGGAAGACAAAGUGGGAUAUAAGCCAUUUAAAGUGGGAGGAAAUGAAAAUGGAAUGGAAAAGUUGCAUUUUUAUCAGGAUACCCUCUUAACAGCUGUGCUAGGGCUUGUCCUGCUAAUGUACAUAGAACUACAGAAUAGCCCACAGCCAUAACGUGCGAUUUUUCUCCACUAUGAUCAUUUCCCAAAGUAGGCAUCAGCUUGCUCAAAGAAUCCUAUCAGAGAGGAAAGCAGGAAGACCCAAAGGAACUGUAGGCAUCUGUCUAUAACAUCAGUUCCUUGAUAAUGGAUCCAUCCUAGGUCCCGGGGGCAUUUAUGAGAUAGCCAAUCUGUCUUUGACUAUUAGUAGAUGUUCUUUCAUGCAGCUUCCUGCACUAUCCUAGUGGAUAGGAGCAUUUGCAGCAGGGCAUCCAUCAGCAGACUGUUUCACUGCCACCAAGUCAGCUCUGAAAUGAUAUCCCAAGAAAAGAGGCAAAUACCGGUCUUGCCCCUCUUUCUGAAUUUAGGUCCUGGUUUAUCUAUCCAUCUGUGGAUGAAGUGCAGAAUCUGGGGGCUUCUUUGUGCCUUUAUGUGAACAUGGUAAACAGGCAUUUGAAACUUUGUGUGUCUUAUGGAGAACAGGUACCCUUAUCAGAGAGCAAAGAUUGACUUUGGUUCCCUGUUGAAUGGAUGCUUGACGGUGAAAUCUAAUAUGUUGCUAUGUAGUGUGUAAAACAGACCUAAGAAAACAUCUUAUCCAGACAGAAUCUCCUGCAUGGAAGUUAUUUUAUGCAGGAAAUUGUUUGAAUCUCAUGUGCAAUUUGCAACCCAUGGCAAAUGUUUACAUGGCCACAUGUGAUAAACUGCAUGCAGGACUUGAGCUAUUUAUUUACUACAUGAAUAAGACUUCAGCUUCUGUGGAACAUCCUCAAAACUGUUACUGGAUCUGCCAAUACAGGAUAAUCAUGACAGUACACAACUAACACACCUUUUGCACAGAAUAUCAUCAUCUGCACUGUAGACUUUGCAGCCUAAAAGAGUAUGGCAAAACUUUUUAUUGAAUUCCAGUCAUUUGGAGCUGGGAAAAGGAUAAAGAAAAAUUCUCUUCAAGCAGAUAUGUUGGAUUGUUUAUCAUUUCCAGCAAAUUCCUCAUUACCUUUACUAGAUGAGUAACUGUAAGUGGUUUAUGCUGGCUGCUCAACCAUAGAACUGCCUUCAAGGCAGCAGCCUCCAUACCAUGAUCAGCUGAAUUUGCAGAGAGAAGAAUCUUAUAAUUGCCAGGCUGAAAUAAUGGACUAUUGAAUUUGGCCUGCAAAACGUUGGCAAAGAGACUGGCAAAUAAAAAAUAGACAUGAUGCUAGAUGUUUUCAGGCAGCCUACUAGAUUCAAUUAGACAGUGGGGAAGAGAGCAGUUGGAGAGAGAAAAAGAAUGCAGGUACAGGUCUCCCCUGAAAAUCUGCACUGGUAUUGGAGAAAUGAGUUGUUUUUAAUGAGUUGUGUGAUUAAAGGGAAAUAGAAAAUAUUCUCAAUCGGGUUUGCAAGAUCAAUAUUUCAAAGAUAGGGACACUUUUGCGGAAGUAUGUGCUAAUCAAGAUGUGGGCUGUUUUGUGUGGCAAAUUUAUGAGUGAAUUUUGUGUUGGUAAAUUUAUUUCUUUAGUACAUAUAUCUCACUUUUUUCCCACCAUGGCACUCACAUUGGUAUAGGUCACAGCUUUUCAAACUGUGUGUCCGUGACACAUUAGUGUGUUGGCUACAGUGUGUAGGUGUGUUGUAUGAACGCUCCCCACACUCCUCCCAGGGCUGGAAAGGGGUCUAAAAAGUGUGUCACCAACAUGAAAAGUUUGGAAAGCUCUGGUAUAGGUGGUGGUCUUGGGUGGUCUCCCAUGCAGGCAUGCCUAGAUCAGACCUAGUCCUCGUUUGCUUCAGCAUAUUAGCCGAAUCAUGUGCCCUCAGGUGAUAUUCUAGAACCCAGGAAGUCUUAAGAAACAAAGAACAACCACAAAAUCAUUACAGUAUUGAUCAUCUGCCAUCUUGAUUCAAAGUAGCAUUCAGGUGUGUGUACCCAGAUGUAGAUGAAAAUUUACUCCUUGAUCUCAGGAACCAUGAUGCAAAAAUUGCUUUUGAUGGGUUAUAUCCAGCAAAUCCCUAUUUUGAGUCAACCCAAAGAAAUUAACGACCCAUCAAUUUCAAUGGGUCUGCUCUGACUAACAUUAGAUAUAGCCCACUGUCUUUAGAGGUGUCUAAAUGCAUAGUGAAAAAAGAGCUUUUCAGAUUGUGAAGUAGAUAUGCCACACCUUUUAUCAAAUAUAAUCAGCUUUCUUAGCACUGCUAGGUUCUGAUUGGCCCUUCCUGCCUUGGUUUUUUUCUUGGUUGAAAAUAUUUUUAAAAAUAAAACUUAGGAAGCUUUAGGUAGUGAUUGAUGUAUGGCUGUCUGAAAAGCCCAAGCUAUUGUUAACAAACUGAUGAAGAUCAACAGUGCUGGGAUCAUCCGAAAUGAGGAAUGGUCAUCCUGUUGCUAAAAUAAGCAUUCCCUCCAUAUAAGUGGUGCUUAUGAGCCCAGCCUUAUGUUCACAUGCACCAGAAACGUAGGUGUAAAAGAGGUCUUAAAAUGAAGAAAGAAAUGGCGGUUGAAAUAUCAUUAUGUGAGUCAUAGAGCUCUGAGCACUAUAUAGUCAUUUUUUCUUUUGGAAGUAAACUGAGCCUGAAGUCUGUAAAUUCAGAGCAACAGUAGCUGGGGUUCAAAUUGUAAUAGUCACUCAUGACCUACUGGAAGGCAGGGGGGAAAAGACAGGAGAAUUAACACACCCAAAAUUAUUGCAGUUCUACUGCUGUUAUUUUAUUAUGUGAUUGCCUAUUCAGCCAUUUAUUCCCCUGACACUAUAGUUUGUUUAGGCUAAAUGCCCAGGGAGAGAAGGGACCAGAUUCACUUUCAUUUGAAUACAGCAUCUAUAUUUUAUAAAGCAAGAAAAUGGAGAGCUCAGUUAUAAUCAGCACAGCCUCCUCCUUACUCAACUCUGUCUGCACCCCCUGUGUCUUUGAGACAAAUCUGCUCAUUUGACUAACUAAAUGUAGCUGGUUUUGUGCUGACUCUACCUGCUGAGCUGAUACAGAGGAGAAAGAGAGAGAGCAAUUUUGCACCAUCCAUCUUUUUAAUAAGCAAACAAACAAAUAAAUAGUCUAGGGAGACAUUUGAUCCAAAACUGUAUUCAGUAACCUCAUAACUUUGGUAUAAUUUAGUUCUGCAUCUAGCUCAUGGCCUGGAACUUCACAACAUGCACAAAACUGCAGUCCUUGGUUUUAAGGCAAUUAUCAUGAUUGGAUUUUAGAUGAAAUCUGGAUGCUUUUUGAUUAAACAGGUUAGUGGAUGAAUCGUCGAAACAGCGUAGAUGAAAGGAUUUCUUGCCACGAUGGCUGUGAGAGAUGGAAGGGCUCAGGUGGCUGACUUUGCAAAUCCCAGAGGACUUGUACCCAGUGAUACUGUCUUUCUACUGUGUAAACCAAGCAUGCUGAAUUUGAAGUCUGGGAGCAGAAAUUGUGAAGCGGCUAUGCCACAUCUUUCAUUCAUGGCUCAUUGUGUUGUCAAUACUAGUUUAUAUACAGACCCUGUGAAUUACUUAAAUAUACAUGAAUAUGCAUGUUAUAUAUCUAUUAUACAAUACAGAGUACUGCAACAAUCAGGACUUCUUAAAAACUGAUCUGUCCAAGGUUGUAUGGCAAGCAGAAUCCAUGUCCUACACUUGCCCUUUUGCUACCCUCUCUUCUGAUUCCCCCUUCCAUAUUUGCUUUUCUUAAUAUGGAAAGUGUUUUGCUUAGCUUUACUCUUGUGAGAGAGAAACAGCUGAGUGAAGAAGUGUUGUGCAGGUGGUGAACCUAGUCGCAAAUAAUGCAAGCCCAGCAAGCCGUCCUCAUGUGGCAGAAGUGUCAUGAAAGGCCAAGUGAAUAAUGGUGCAAGAGGUGCAGACUUAGUGUUUUCCCAUGCGGUGCUAUAAGAGUUGUUUAUUUUCUUUUUCUUUAUAUAUUUGCAAGCCAUGUGUCUAUAAUUCAGAUGUGGAAUCCAUAUGGGUUGAAAUGUACCUAAGUUCAUAACAGCAGCUCACUUCCUCCUGCCUUCAUUAAUAGCACUUACAUGUGCAUCACCAGAAAGACUCAAGGUAUUUAAUAUCAUGUUAAAAAUAACCUUUGGAUUUUCAGAUGAUUUGGGUCAGCCUUUGUUUCUUAUUUGAACUAGCAAAGAACCUCAGAUUCCAAAAGGAAUAGGGUAUGUGUAUCCUGCAUUCUGGGCAAUGAUACUUGCCUGAAUGAAGUGGCUUUGGAAUCUGGUGAGUAUUACUAGCAUCGUACCUUCAUUGUAGUGGCAUAUUUAUGAAAAGUGUCAGGGCUCAGUAUGCAAAUGUUUAGGGGUCAUUUGUGCUUGCUCUGUGGGAAGAAAAAAGGUACUCUGCUCUUGUUCAGAGGAACCUUGUUCUUAUUACAUAGCGUCCAGGGCUAACAUGCAUUGAUGAUAUAGUACUUUAACUAGAUCACACAAAGGAUCUUCCAUCAAUAUAGUCCUAUGUGUUGGAAGGGAAGUGCAUACUUUUUACCACUUUAUGGUAGUAGGAAUGCUCCAUUGCCCAGGCAACUGGUGGGGAAAUUAGAAAUGUCAUGUCCAAAAGGAUUCUAGGUUCCUUUACUACUUGGAAACAUUACCCCUUGUAUCACCACAAGGCACUGGCGGAGGAAGAGGAGUGCGGGGGGAGCACACCGCCCCCGGCAGCGUGAUCCCAGUGGGGUGCCAUCGUGGCUGCCCCCCACCCGCACUGGGCACCAUGCCCCCAGGAUGCACACCACACCCCUGCAGGCAGCGCACCAUGCCCCCAGGAUGCACGCCAGCCCCACCCCCACCCCCACCUGCUCUCCAGCCCCCAGUGCCGGAGCAUGAAGCUCCGCCACUGCCACAAGGACCAUAUAUCCCUGUUUACUUGGAAGUAAGUCUCGGUAUGUUCAGCGGAGCUGAACUCCUUUAUAAGUGUUUUAAGAAUGGCAGCCUUACUUGGCUCCAAAAAUUGCCUGUUUCAAUCAUGUAAAUGGAGGCAGCUGGAGCUACCCUCUCAAAAGGAUUAGAUAAGGAAAGUAUGGGAGGUAAUGAACAAACAUUAAUUUAACAUGUCAGCUGAGAGAGGCCAAAGAUCCAUCUAGACCGGAAUCAUUCAUUUCAACUUGGUAUUUAUUCCAGGGCAACAAUGACACACAAGAAAGGGUGGGGGGAAGACUCUCAAAUAAUACCAAUGUAUUCACCUUUUGGUGACAGUUGGUAAUAUUUCCACCUUGUGGUCUUUUGCUACUCAUAUUUUCUUGGUUAUGUUGCUUGAUUUUCAUUCAUCUUGAUAUAAUAUAUGAUUUGUUGUGUAUCUUUGUGCCUCAUCCUUGCCUCUAAUGUUUUGUUGUCAGCAAUUGAUUGUUGGUUUUUUAUCAUUGAUUUUAAACUUCUUUAUCAUUGUGCUAAUGCUAUAUUACUUAGAUGAAAAAGCAUUGCCUCAGUAAAAAUAGUGGCUGCUUGCAAGAGGCAACACCAGCUCUGCCUCCAAAGUGUCCUAGCCAGGGGUGGUGCAUCCCAUUUUGUCACCUGAGGCACAUUGGGAAAGUGCCGCUGCUGCGCCAUCCCCACAGAAGCAUCCCUUACCUAGUGCCUGCAAAGUGGCACCAGUGGGUUCUGGCAAGGUCUUGUGAGAAGCCAGAAAAUGGCACCACCUCUCUGCCAGUGGUGGAAGUGGCGGGGCAACCAGAGGGGUGCCACCUCAUGCGUUUUCACCACCUGAGGCAGCUGCCUCAGCCCUUCUCAUGGGUGGGCUGUCCCUGGUCCUGGCCCUUCCUGCGAAAUGAAGAACUGAAACUCCCAGCUCUAUACUUCUGCCAAAAGCUUUAAUGCUCAAAUCAGAUCAGUACAUAAGGCAAACUACAGGUUACAAGGUUCAGCAGGGACAUAAGAUGAUAAAUGGCUAAGAGCAAGCUAAGAUGUUGGUCCAACAAGCAACACACACCCUGCACCUUCCUUUUGAAGAGUGGGGCAGGCACAGCUAUUAGUGUGGCAAGUGGCCACACUCCCAAGACAGGGCAAGCAAUCAGGCUAUCCUUUGUGAGGGGGUUGGCUCUGCAAGGUUUGUUUGCACCUGUGCUGGUGUCCCCAUGUCUAUGGAGACAGUGGGGCAGAUCUAUAUGUAGAUGACAUUAUUUUUUGUAUGAUGGAUAUAAACAAAUCAGUUUAGGAGCUAGAGAAGAUACUGGAGAGGCAGCUGGCUUUUUAUUAUUGAAGUUUAAGAUGAGAGAAGUUGGCAAAGAGAACUGAAUCAGAGAAACUGACUGGCAUCAAAAGAAUCAACUCACAGGAAUUAGAUAAAGGUCCCAGAAAAACUUGUAUAAAGAAAACUGUGCACCUCUUGAGAAUCAAAUAUGACAGAAACUUAAAAACCAUAAAGAUCUCAAACUGCAUUUGACAUGAAGAUUAAGUAGUUAAAAUGAGUGUAGGUAAUGGGAAGCUUGAGUUCUGUUCUGUGAGGCUGAAUCCUGCUCACCAGUUACAAGUAAACUCAUCCAUGUCUUACAGAAUUGCACUCGCCUCCUCCGUUCCGUUUGUUGAACUGUAGCACACAUUCUGAAGCCUACAAUGGGAGCAUCUGUGGAGCUUGUCUUGUUUUCAUUAGCCGUCGUCUCUUUUACAGGUAAGAGCUUCCUCCAUCUUGGCUCAAAGGUCAGGACCAGCUUUAGGCUGAGCCUGGAGACUAACUGGGCUAAAGCCAGUGAAGUAACAAUCCUGUUCAUACUCUCAACUAAAAUUCAGAACAUGAAAUUAUCUGCUAACAUGAAUUCUAUCGUUGACCAUAUAUGUUGUGUAAAUGUAAUUUGGUUUAUAUAUAUUUGCAGUGUGGAGUUUAUUUGACAGCCGCAUUUAUUGUGCAAGUGGAUAAUGACAUCUUGAUGCACUGCUUAGGGCAGAGGUGGGGAGCCGAGAGUCCUUAGAUACUGCUGGGCUCCAGCUCCCAUCAUCCCUGAUCAUCGAUGGGAUGGUGAGAAUUGGAGCCCAACAAUAUUUGAUAGCCACUGGGUUCCCACCUGAAUUAGGGGAACCAAGCCAGUGAACCAAGGCAUGUUGCAUUUUACAAUAUGUUCAAUGUAUGUGAUAGGGGAUGCACAGGCCCCAGAAUUUGCCUGUGUAUUUUUAAAAAUUCUUACCUGUUUCUAUCCUGUCUUUGCUUAAAACUGUGCUCCAGGUUCCAGUCCACAGGGGGAAAUUGUUGUUGUUGUUGUUAUACCCCACCCAUCUGCCUGGGUUGCCCCACUCUGGGCAGCUUCCCAAAAAAUAUAAAGACACAGUAAAAUGUCAAGCAUUUAAAACGUCCCUUUGUAGACAUGCUACAAAGCAUGUCUGCUUCUCCUGCAAACUUUACUGUUUUGGGAUGAGAGUCUCUCUCUCUCUCUCUCUCUCUCUCUCUCUCUCUCUCUCACACACACACACACACAGAGAGAGAGAGAGAGAGAGAGAGAGAGGGAGGGGGAGGGAGAGGGGGGGGAGACAGCUAUGACCCUGUUACCCAAGGAACAAUGUUGAGGGCAAGGUUUUUGCCAUUAUCCUCCCCAGUUGGUGGGGGGAUACAACCUUGUCUCCCUGCGAGAUAGAAAUAUAUUUGCAUUGUCUUGCACGGGAGAAGGGCAGGAGGGACGAGACAGGAAAUAUGCGUAGGGAAAGUUUCAUGCCCCAAGCAAGAAUCUUGUUAUCCCAAGAAUCAAUGCCGGGGGUGGGCAUCUGCCCCCAUGAUGGAUCUUUGUGAUAUCUCCAUUGACUUGCACAGGGAAGGCAUAGAUCCACAUGAAAGACAAAUGCAGUUUCAUACCCCUCAACUGUCCCGAUUAAAUUGGGACACCCUGUUUUGGGGGGCUGCACAGCACCCUAAAACCUCAUGUGAGUCCCAGUUUUCGGCCUUGACAUGUUGGUGGGUAUGCAGUUUUUAAUUGUUGCUCCAAAUCACUGUGAUUGGAGUGCCCUGGGAAAACAAUUCACUCUGAUUAAAAGCUAGCCCUGUCCAUCAAGCAAAAGAUUCCCCAACCAUUACUUCUCCACUUUAUCCCCUUUUAGAGCUCUGGGCAUUUCCCCAAUAAGCUUGGUUUUAUUUCUCCAGGCAGGGAACCAGCCGUGUAUUUUUGGAGAGCUGAGGCCACAGAGCAACUCAGAAACUUAGCAUGCACCUUAGGAGCUGCACUUUUGCCUCAGAAAUGUGGGGGCCUUCCCCGAAUCACACCGAUUCACCUCUUAAUUUGGGGUACACACAGAACCAAAACACGCCCCUACUAUUUGAACAUCAUCUCUGGACCAUCUUCUUGCUCACUGAGCUGGUUCUAUGCCAUUAUCAUUGACCCAUUUGCUGCGGCAGUCCAUCCUUCACCUUAAUGCACAAAUCUCCAUUUUCCGUUCCAUCCAAACUAUUGCUGUUUCUUAGAUGUCUCCGGCUACACUUUAAAAGGUUGAUCUCUCAGUGGGAAGGCUUUUCAUUUCAGAUGGCUGAGAAUUAGAUAAUGACUUGGAGCUAAUUCAUCAUCUUGGGGAGAGGCUGCUUCGAUGUCCUUUAUAAAUAUCUAAUUACCUUUUAAUGUUGCCUGAGUCUCUUGGGAAGGUGGCUGGCCUACUUCAGGAGGCAAUUAGCCUGUGUGGAAACUGGUCUGACCCACAUAUGUUGGCGACAUCAAGGCAACGCUAGGUUUUGCUGUUAACCAGCUGAAUUUAGAAGACUUUCUUGUAUGUGCUCAAGCAGAGACCAUAAGGAAUAAGUCAUCUACAAAGCCCUACAGGAGCAUUUCCUAAUGGCUGUUAACAUAUGACAAAAAAGAUCAGUAUAACGAUGGCUGGAUGGGUGGAAAUAUCUCACUGUGAGCUUGAACAAGGAACCAGGAUGAAAGACGGUCGGAAAUGGCUUCAUCCCAAAAUGGUGUUGGCUUAAGAUUUAUCGUCAAUAUUUGAGAAAAUAUCUAGAGCUUGGUAUCCCAAAUUAAGACUGCCUUUUCAGAAAGGAAAACCAAUAUUUUGGCUAGGUUUUCCUUGGGCAGUGAAACAAGGAGCUCCAUUUGCCUCCCCACUCUCAAACUCUCACACAGCCAGAGUUGAGGAAAUAGGAGUUGAAUUGUUCUAUAAAUUGAUAGUGACUAUAAAUUGAUAGGCUUGCCUGUUCUUCUGUGUUUAGAGCUUUAGAAAGCAUUGUUGCAAACCUUAGACAAAAUCCUUUACGCCUCUGUUUUGUUGUACAAUACUGGCAAACUUCGGCUAGGGAGGACUGAAGCUCUUGUGUAAUGCAGUGAUAAGAUUUUAUGGUAAACCAAGUGCAAGAUAAUUGUUCAAGGGAGUCUAGAAAUAGCUCUGAAGAAGAAGCCUCAGAAACAUCACAGUGUUACUGGCUGAAGAUUUGACCAUCAUUGUGAGAGCUUCUCUUUAGAUCUGUUCUGGUUUUCUUACAAGCCAUGUCUACCUUCUCUUUUCAUAUGCCAAAAUUCAGGAAAGGACAGGUGCAUACAGCACAAUCCUAUGUAUGUUUACACAGAGGUAAACUGCACUGUAUUCUAUGGUGCUUACUCCCAAGUCAGUGUGCUUAGGAGUGCAAUCUUACAACACACUUCUGAACGAGUUUACUCAGAAGUAAGGCCCUUUACUCCCUUGUAAGGGUGCAUAAGUCUUAAGCACGGUAUUUACUGCUUUGUGUUCAUCUUGGAACUUUAAGCCAGUCCGAGCAGUAGCUGUAUUUAUUCUGCCUGUUAUUUCUGACUUCAUAGGCUAUACAUAAGUUUGAAUAAUCCAAUAUUUCAAAAAAAUGGAUCUGCUUAUGAGUACUAAAUGCUGUCUGAGCCACAAAGAGCCAACUGGUAGACAUCAAUGUGAUGGAGCUGCUGCAUGAAUGAUUGCGCCCCUUUCCUUUCAGAGGAAGAGAGCUUCAUAUAGCUUCCUCAGAGCUACAGCUUUGCUUCCCAAAAAGCAGGCUGCUGGUAGGGUUGCCAGUUUUUCACCCAGUCUCUACAGUUCUGCCUUUAUAGUGCAUUGAUAAUAUACAAGAAUGAGCCACUAAAGGUUUGCACACAAACAAUGGGUAGUUGUUUAUUACCUGGGGUUUUUUUUGGUUUCUUUGUUCUACUGCGCAUCAAGCUACUGCUGAAUGGCACAAGAUUUCACAAUCUCUUGUACUGGCUGUCCUAUCAAUCUUUCUCUCUCUUUGCCGCUGGUGGCAUGAUGUGGUCCUCCAGUAGCUCACGCACGGCUGCUCCAGCCAUGCUCCAGUCAACACAGUAGGUGUGAUAACUGGAAAAGGCAACACACUGACCAUGAGAAUUUUAUAUUACGUUGCCUCUGCAUUUCCUCCCCUAGGACCUGUCGCGGGUUUUGCAAACACAGGCUGCCCUUCCAUCGCACUGGCACCCACCUUCUUUUCAAAUCACACGUUGUUGUUUCACCCAGACACCUUGAAAUCUCAGGUGGGCAGACUUGGCCGAUCUUCUUGCAUGCUCCAAGAUCAAUACCUGACAGCUUGUACUCCACGGCCCUUGCACAGACAUAUGACGAGGGCAACAGGGGACAUGGCCAGGGAAGGCAGAGUUUGGGCAGAAUUAAAAUGGGAGAUUAGCCAGGUUUUGCUUCUGCAAUCUUCUUUUUUUAAAAAACACACACACACUCCCCUGAUGUUUGGAACCAGGAGCUUGAGGUUUAACAAACAGGGCUUUUGAACGCAAAAUAUCUUGCAAUUAUCAUGAAUUAUUUAUUGCAUUUUGAGUACCCUCCGUGAAUCCUGUCCCUUUCUGCCCUUCCACACACACCCCUCCCUGGCUACCACCCGCCCCACAGAUGACUCUGAGCUCUAAGUACAUCUGCUUUUAGAUACUGGAAUGUCAUUAGCAGAUUACAAUCUUCCUUAAGUCAAUAUUGCAUCCUUAUUGUUCUGCUGCCCCUCAGUGUCAAGGACAAAGCCACUUCCAGCUGAGACGGGAUAAACAUACCUCUUUCCACUCUCAAGUAGGAGCAAAUGGGCCUUUCCGUCACUAUUAUUGUUUUAUCUUUUUGUUGUUUUCAAUUAAUCCAGUGUUAUUUGUUCUCAGCACAAGUGGUGCAUGGAUGUUUGGAUGUUACCGAAGUACCCCCACCACCACAGAAAAAAGGUAGUGGGGAGCCCAUUAUUGGCAUACUUGCAGAUGUAUUCUCUACAAUCAACAAAACCCUUUUUGUUUGGUCACAUCCACACCAUACAAUUAAAGCACAACCGACAUGCACAAAGCACAUGGCUUUCCCUCAAGUAAUCCUGGGAACUGUAGCUCUCUGAGAGGUAAACUAUGGUCCCUCUUUGUUGAAAGCCAUGUGCUUUAAAUGUGCAUUGAAUGUGGAACUGACAACGGUGUGACGUAAUGGUUAGAAUGCUGGACUGUGACCUGGGAGACCAGGGUUCGAAUCCUCACUCAGUCAUGAAGCUCACUGGGCGACCAUGGGCCAGUCACCAUCUCUUAGCCUAACCUACCUCACAGGGUUGUUGUGAGGAUGAAAAGGGGAGGAGGGGAACCAUGUACACCACCUUGAGAUCAUUGGAAUAUAAAGGUGGUGGUUGUUGUUUAGUCGUGUCCGACUCUUUGUGACCCCGUGGACCAGAGCACGCCAGGCACUCCUGUCUUCCACUGCCUCCCACAGUUUGGUCAAACUCAUGUUGCUGGCUUCGAGAACACUGCCCAACCAUCUCAUCCUCUGUCGUCCCCUUCUCCUUGUGCCCUCCAUCUUUCCCAACAUCAGGGUCUUUUCCAGGGAAUCUUCUCUUCUCAUGAGUGGCCAAAGUACUGGAGUCUCAGCUUCAGGAUCUGUCCUUCCAGUGAGCAUAAAGGUGGUAUACAAAUGUAAAUAAUAAUAAUAAUAAUACACUUAGGACUAAACUUGACGUGAUGGUGACAGUUCUGUAGGUUUCACCUCUACGUAGAAUAUAGGAAGACUAGGGUGCGGGUGGAUCCAGUUUUAAACACAGAAAAGGAGUGUGGGUGAGAAUUAGAGAAGUCUCUCUUUCCCACAGCUUGUUUCACCAUUUUCCCUCUCCCUAACAGCACUGGAUUACCAAAUAGGCAGAGUAGGGACUGGCCCAUGGACCCCAUGCCUUUUAGGAGCUCCGCAACAACGGAUCAAAAUAAUAUUGAUUUGAUCUUGCAAUAAUUUGAAUUUGGAAGAGAAAUCCCCAUUGACUCAGAAACCUACAUCAUAGCGAGCCUCCUCCCCCCUGGUAUUUUGACUGCCUUGUGGGCCCCCCACAAGGUUUAAUUUGGCACUGCUCCCUAAGGCCUGUUCCUGAAGUUACUUCUAGUAUUAGCUCUCUGCUGAGGGGAAUACUGCUUGUGGGGAGAUAAGCCGAGGGGCAGUUUUCCACUUCCACCUUGUUAAAAUUGGGCUCCCCUCCCAGUCUUGUUUUGUCAUAGGAGCAGUUCUGCAUUCACAUGGCAUUUACCCUCCUAUAAUGUCCUCUCCCACCUUUUCCUGUGAGUUUAUUUGAAGCAUCCCCUUCUAGAAUAGAUUUCACAAAUGACAGAAAUAGAUGAGUGAGGAGCAGGGCAGCCUGGAGAAAGGAGAUUCGUUUUAGAUAUCAUUGCUUCGUUUUUCAACUGCGGGCAUAUUUCUCAAGGCGCAGUAUGCCAGACCUCGCUGAAUCUGUUAGCCACUGUGUCCAUAUCAGGGAAGCCACACAGCUCAGUAGAGCACCUACUCUGCGUGCCAAAGGUCCCAGGUUCAGUUCCUGGCAUCUCCAGGUAGAGAGACACAGCCAGUCACUGUUGACAUUGCUAAGCUAGAUAGAGCCGGUGAUCAAACUCAGUAUAAGAUCAUUUCCUAUGCUGGUAUCUUAUAAUAUUUCCACUAUUUUAUUCUGAAGUGGUGACCCCAGCAGCAACUCUAGAAAGACCAAUCCAUAAGGAUAAAUUCCUUUCUUCCCAAAGCCUGGAAGGAACACUUAAGCAAAACGGGAAAUGUGGCCCAAUGUGGAUCGGUCCCUGCUAGCUACACAUAAUAAAAUAACUGGCUUAGCUUAGCGCUGCAUGAGGUGGCUGCGAUGUAUAAUUGGCUAAUGUCUAGGCAGCUGCUGAAACUAGGUUAGUGUGCUCCCCCCCUUUUCCUGUGCAUAAACUGAAACAACCCAGACAUAAAAUAAGAGAUCUCCAAGUCAAGGGAUUGGUGAGCCUGAACGUUUUUCCUGCUGGUCUUUCCCCUGGUCGGAAGCCACUCUUGCAUAAAAUAUGGUGCUUGUGAGAACGGCAAGUUUGAAACAAUGCCAUCCUGUCCAUAGCAACAAAGGAGGGAGAGGACUAACUGGUGGGAUGGCGAUUAACUCCAUUCUAAACCACUUGGGAGCCUCCCGCCAGCCUACUGGCUUCAUAGAGCUCUAAUCUCAUCACAUAAUGAAACAGACUAGCUAGGGCUGGGAAUUGGUUUCAAGUGGCAGAACAGGCGCUUUCAAGAUAAUGGCAAUGAGUCAGGGAUGCAGCACAGAGUUUCUGUUUCCCACCCCGGCUACUACUGCUUUGCUGAUGAUUGAAAGCUGGGCGGUUCUGAAAUAGAUUUCGUUUUGAGAAGCAGCAAAGCUUUGUGACGCAGCAAUAUGCCUGUCAUAACCGUUCACAUUGAAACAAAUAUGGAUGAACAGCUUCUUUUUGUGAUAUAUUUUGAUUACUAAAAACUGGUGGGUGGGGAGAAUUAACAUGAGCGAAGGCAGAUAUAAUAUGAAAAGGCAACUCACAUCCUAUACCUCAGUCAUGGGUAAUCCUGGCUUCUUUCUGACUUUGCAGCUGAAAAUUCAGAUGUGCACAGAAGCAAGUCUAAUGUUGUGUCAGCAGCUGGAAUUUAUGAAUGUGCCUUGUGCCAAGUCAGAGCAUGGCUCCAUCUUGUUCAUCAGUCCAUUUAGCUCAGGUGUAUCUCAGCUUUCUAGCAGAUGCACUCCAGAGUUUGGAGUAGGAAUAUCUUCUGGCCCUACCUGGAGAUACUGGGGAUUGAACCUGGGACUUCCUGCAUGCAAAACAGAUGUUCUAUCACUGAGCUAUGGUCCAUCCUGAGACAAGCUCUUGCAUCUUGCCUCAGCAAAUAGGUCUGGGUCCCAUCUUCAGAAGAAGAUCUAGCAACUCUAACUAAGAACCUCAACCGGCCAGCAUUUUAGGAUUUUUUACAUGGUUAUUGUAAAUAACUUAAAGGUAAAGGUAAAGGGACCCCUGACCAUUAGGUCCAGUCGUGGCUGACUCUGGGGUUGCGGCGCUCAUCACUAUAAAUGGUUGAUUUCAUCUAUGUCAGUUCAAUAUUCAGGAAAAUUCAGUAUUUAAUUUUAUUUCAGAAUUUUUAUGCCACCUUUCAAAACAAAUGCCCUCUUAAGGUAAUACCCAACCAGCAUCAUCAGCAUCAUGACAACCACAUAAUGUAUAAAAAAUCCUGUGAAAUGUUGCAUUAAAGAGCAGUAUAUAAUACCUCCAGGUCAACUCAGCAAUCCAGAGAAAACAAAUUGAAGUUUAGCAUUAUUUGACAGCAACCAUUUAAAACUUUCCCCAGUGUCUUUAACAAAAAGCAGAUCAAAAUAAAAACUUAUUGGAGGCCUCUUUGGAAAGAGCUUAUGUGCAUCCUUUGAGAUUGAGUUCUGUCGACAUGAGGCCACCACUGCAAAGGGCCUGUGCUUGCUGUGCUGAUCCUGAAGGAUAGGAAAUACAAAGCAGGAUGCUGAAAUACAGUUUUGCAAGGGUUUGAGCAUCACAACACCUCUUUCUGUUUGGUGGAAUGCUGAAGCUGGAGAGUUCGCAGCAGCUGUCAUUUUGAUUAAGUGUUUCCUACUGCUUCUGUUCUGUACUCAGUCUGAGCUUUUCAGAUUUCUUUCACCUUGUGCAGUGUUGCGGCCAGCAGAGAGUACUCUAAGAAACUAUGGGCCAAUCUUUGAAGAACAACCACGUAACAUCAUCUUUCCAGAAGGAUCAACAGAGGAGCAAAUACUGUUGGUUUGUCAAGCACGAGCCAGCCCUCCUGCGACCUAUAGGUGAGGUUAUGUGAUCAUAGCAGUGUUUUUGUUGGAAAGCCUAUGGCUGCGAUAUACACAAGUGUAUGGCAAUGGUUUGUUGUUGUUUUGCAUUCACACAUACCCUGCUGUCCUGCCCAUUCAUCUCAGGGACCAAAGGCAAGCAUUUUAUGUCCCAUUGAAUUAAACGGAAAAGAGCGCAUUCUAACUCUCUCUAGUUGACGUCCAUGGGAUUCUAAACUCCUAUAUUCAAGAGUAAGUCCUGCAGAGUUCAAUGGGGCUGAUUCUCUGGAAAGUAAAUAUAGGAUUGCAGACUAAAUAUGUUGGUUUGAACUCUGUUUCAUUAUUUCCCUGCUCAGCUUCCUCCCCACAUUUGAGUUCAGAAAACCUGAGGGUCUUUUCACUCAGUGGAAUAAUUGCUUAAUUCAACAAACAUAAAUGGCCUAUUGCACAGCUAUUCUGGCCUGGGUAGGUUGCUCUAACUCAGGCUUUCUCAAACUCGGCCUUCCAGAUGCUUUGAGACUACAGUUCCCAUCAUCCCUGCCCACUGGUCCUGCUAGGUAGGGAUCAUGGGAGUUGUAGGCCAAAAACAUCUGGAGGGCCGAGGUUGAGGAAGCCUGCUCUAACUCAUCAGUGGGAGACCUCUGGUCCAAAAGCUUAAUGUGGCCCACCACAUCCCUCAAUCUGGCCAACCAAGCCUGUCCCAAUAAGCCCUGCCCACCUGCCAAUCACUCCAUGUCAUUUUCUGACUUACCAUUACUCGCCUUGCUUUGACCAAUGGCUCAGCACAUCUACUAAGUUCUCAUGAUUAAAAUCUAAUUGUUAGAUUGGAGAUAUGCUCUGUAGCAUUAGGCAAAGGAAUCUCUGAUCUUAGUACUAAGCAACACAGGGCCGAGAUUGCAGAUAAGUCGUCUUCUGUUAGUGCAUCUGUGGUGCAAUGGGUCACUGCAUCUGGCUGUUAAUUGGAAGGUUGAUGGUUCGAGGCCACCUGGGGACAGCUGUGGGGAGGAUUCCUGCAUUGCAGGGGGUUGGACUAGGUGGCCAACUGAGCCCUCAGGCUGAAAUAGGUUCCCCACUCUCUCUGUAGUUAUUUUCUCUCCCUGGUCUGUCUCUUCUCUCCAUGAAUCCACUCCAACUCUUCCCUUUCUAAGUCCUUUUUCCUUUAGCCUGCUAUUUUUCUUCCCCGCCCCAAUUGUAGUUGGGGUUUGGAAUCAUGACUCAGAGUGCAAUGAAGGGGAAAGGAAUCUUUAACCCAGACAUAGACAAACUCGGCCCUCCAUAUGUUUUGGGACUACAGUUCCCAUCAUCCCUGACCACUGGUUCUGUUAGCUAGGGAUAAUGGGAGUUGUAGUCCCAAAACGUCUGGAGGGCCAAGUUUGCCUAUGCCUGCUUUAACCCUUCCCCAAUACACAAUGGUCUCAAUGUCCCUUCCAAAGUGUCCCUUCCAAACGUUUGGGGCUGGGGAAAGUGGAGCUCCUUACAGAAGUCUGGGAAUAGCAUUGUUAUUCCACUCUGGAAGCAGAAUAGCAAUGGUUGGGCGCUGCUGAAGGGUCCCUGUCUGGAAGCAUCCAUGAACAGGAUAGGGCAAACUGAGAGAGCAUUUUUCAGAAGACUAGAUCUGGGAAGCAGGAAGGCCUGCAGAGCAAAGUUAAAUAAUUUAUAGCAGUAUCAAACAAACCCGGUCAGAGAUGUUGAGGCCAACCCUGGUGAGUGAUGUGCUUCCUGGUGAGAUAAAACACAGCCUAAAGGCUCUUAGAAUAAUCAUUGAGAUUUGGAUUUUCUUUAGCAUUCGACAAAGUGCAGCCAUUUCUCCCCCUGAUUACUGGGCUGGCAUUGUAGCUACUGAGACAGCAUCCACCAUUCAGCCACUGUCCUACAAUAGGUCCUAUUGAGGGUUUUUGUGUACAUCAUAAAUGCCAGUGUGUGUUGUUAUUCAGGACAAUGUUAAUGUGCAGCUGUGAUGACUCUGUUCUUUCCCCACUCCAACCAAAUACCAUUGUCUUGGCAGGUGGAAGAUGAAUGGCACAGAGAUCAAAAUAGAGCCAGAUUCCCGUUAUAGGUUGAACGGGGGCAACCUGGUGAUCAGCAACCCAGUGAAAGCCAAAGACACUGGGUCCUACCAGUGUGUGGCAUCCAACUCCGUGGGCACAGUAGUCAGCAGAGAAGCUUCCAUUCACUUUGGCUGUAAGUGGAUUUUCUCAAGUGGAUUUUCUGAAGACAAUUCGGUGCAGAAGAGGGGUAAAACAGAAGGGAGCCAAACACUGUGCCACCCAUGGUUCCCCAGCAGCAUCACAGCCAGGGGGGCAGUGAAGCUCCAAGAAAUUGGAUAUACUGGCAUGUGCCCUCAGAAAUCAUACAAGUUGAGCAGGCUGAGCAGAGGGAUGGGGUGAUAGAGGAGGCUGGGGACUUAAGGGAGCUGGUCGGGGUACCCAAAUGGUCUGCAUGAUCCCUUCUAUUUGUCCAAAGGGAUCUGCGUUUAGAUGAGGACAGUGGAUGACAAACAAAGGGGGGGGGACAUGAAUGAGGACCCCAGUCCUUUUCAUCGUUCUGUGGGAAUUGAGGCACUUGGAUAAUGGUUCUGAACCGUUGCCCCUCUAAGGAGAGUGAGGUGGCCCAAGCAUAUCACAGCUAUUUCAGGAGGGCCAAAUGCUGGACACCAGCAUGGAUUAAAACUGGUUUAACAUUUUACUGAGCAAGAGAAGGAUGGUGUUGUGAGAGCUCCAAGCAUAACCAGUCUUUGAAGAGUCUUUUAUAAAGGGAACUUUUACCAACUGUCUGACUUUUAGAAGACAUCUGAAGGCAACGCUGUUUAGGGAAGUUUUUAAUGUUUGAUGUUUUUAAUAUUCCAUUGGGAGCAUAAAUGAGUGGAGCAUAAAUAUAUUAUUAUUACUAUUAUUAUUAUUAUUAUUAUUAUUAUUAUUAUUUUAUUAUUACCACCACAAGGGUUAUGUGACCAGGCAAGAUGCUAAAGACAUGAGCUAUCUUGAUGAGUAUGUGGAUGUGAGAAGUUCCAUCACUGCUGAAUAGAGUGUGUGUUUAGGAAAUGUGGUUGUUCUGGGGCAGCUUGGCUGUGAACUAGCGCCAGCUGCCGGGAGCUUAUUUCUGAUUCUGGCUUCCUGUUACUUUCCAGACAAAACUGGGUUGUGUUUUUAACCUUGCAGCCCUAGUUCCAUGUUACCCCAGGGAUUGUCUCCUCCUAUUUGUGUAGGUCAUCAGAUGAUAUUCUGUAUGAAUUUUACGUAUGCCUCAGACUUCUGACAUGAGGGGUAGGAUCUUUUUGGUGGUGCCACUCACUCUGUAAAAUUGAUUACCCAGGGUGGUUUAGCAGACAGAUUUACCAAGGGCUUUUUGAAAGAUAGCAAAAGCAUUUCCUUUCAUACAACAGGGGGUUGAGUCCUUCUAAUUUGUUUAUCUUGGUGGUGAUGCUCUGAUGUUUUAUUGUUUGUCUGUUGAGGUGUUCACAUGUUUUAAUUUUGGGUUUUUGCUUUUGUGUAUGUAUUUUUUAAAAUUUGUAAGCCAUUUUUAGGAGCCGCUGAUGACCAAAAUGGCUGAAUAUACGUUUGAAAAAGAUAGAUAGAUGAUAGAAAUUGCAGUGGGGAUAGUAUUGAUUUAGCUAGUUCGUUCCCAGCACAUUUUCUGAGUGCUAUUGCUGAUGCCAUCUGCCGUUACUCUCUCAAUUUAAUUUCCCUUUGAUAUGAUGGAAGCAUGAUUGCCUGUAACUAGCAUCAUUUCUCUUUGAGCAGAGAAAGAUCUAAUUUGUAAGAUUGUUAGGCUCUCAUAGCUCAUGUUUCAUCACCUCCACUCAUUUCUUGUGUUUAGUUUUGCAGGAAUUCUCUACAGAAGAGCGAGACCCCGUGAGGGUUACGGAGGGCUGGGGGGUGAUGUUUACUUGCAGCCCACCUCCCCAUUACCCAGGUGAGACAAUGACAGUGCACUAGAAAUGAGGUUCUCACCCAUAUUCAGGGAGCAAUCCAUCAAAUGACAGGGGUAGCUAAUGGUAUAAACCCAUACACAAUUGUGUUUAGCAAUUUGGACAAAGCCAUUCCUUUCGUGAGAACAUAAUCAGAGCUCUGCUGGAUAAAGCCUAAGGCCCAUCUAGUUCAAUAGCCUGUUCUCAAAGCGGUCAAACAGAUGCCCAUGGAAAGCCCAUAAGCAGGACAUGAGUGCAACAGCGCUGUCUCUACUUUCACUUCCAAACAUCUGGUAUUCAGAGGCAUGUUGUCUCAAACGUUGAAGCAGAACAUCACCAUUUGGGCUAGUAGCUGUUGAUAAACUUAUCACCCAUGAAUUUGUCUAAUGCUCUUUUAAAGUGUGGUGGCCAUUAUUACCUUGUUUGGUAGUUAAUUCAUAUGAACCUAAGAAUAUCCUUCUGGAUCUGGCCAGCUGUUCCACCUAGUCUAGCAUCGUGCUCUCACAGUGGCCAACUAGAUGGCUGUGUGAAACUAGCAAGCAAGGCACUCUCCCAUCCCAUGGCUUCCAACAACUGGUACUCAGAAUCAUUACUGCCUUUGACCAUGGAGGCAGAACAUAGCUGUUAUGGCUAGGAACCCUUGAUAGCCCUACGUUCCAUAGUCAACUGUGAAGUACUUUCUUUUUGACUGUCCUGAAUCUUCCAACUUUCUGUUUUAUUAGAUGGCCCUGAGUUUCUAAUAUUAUGAGAAAGGGAAAAAACUAUCCACUUUCUCCACACCUUAUGUAAUCAUGUCCUCCUUUUGCUGUUAAAAUCACGUGAUUUUUUUUAAAUUUUGUGGCAACAAUUAUCCUUGCAAAAUACUGGAAACAUGCUGCCAUUGUUUUCUACACGAGAAUGCUUAAGCCAGACUUCAGCAUAGCAGAAAUUGAUAAACUACCAAGGCUCUAUCCCAAAGGAGAAAUGUAUUGCAUCUAAAUGUCUCUCUGUUUGAUUAAUGGUUAACAUUUAUAAUAUACUGGAAUCUAUAUUAUAAUUACAUUGUCUUUGAGAAGUCUUUUUUGUAAUUUUAUAUCAGAUUGAAAUAAAUUAAACAAAAGGGGGAGGGGAAGAAAAGAAAGAAAGCUCCAACUUUUCCAUUUUGUUCAUAUAGGUCUGAGCAGUUUUCCCUUUGCCCUGCCUCUGUCUCUUGGAAAACCUCUUUCAUGCUAAAUUGGAACAAAUGGCAGUCCAUGGAAAACCCAAUAACCUGCUAAACUGCAGGUUAUCACCAAGGGAAAGCAGCAGGCAAAGAGAGGCAUAGAUAAGCCCUAAAUUGUGCCUGGUCUUUAUGGAUGAAGCAAUAACCUGCUUAUCAAGUGUAAACAGCAGUUGCCAUGGGGUGGUAUUAAAUGCUAGUCCUACUCAGAGUAGACUCAUGGAAAGUAAUUUAUCUGUUUAACUUAGGUUCGUUCAUUCAUUUCAAUGGGUCUACUCACAGUAGGUCUUGGUUUAUUACAUCCCAUGCUUUCUUGUAUGUAGAGGUAGCUGAAAUGUUCCCUAAGAAGCAUGAAUUGCUCUGUUCAUCUCAGACUAAAUUAUGCGGCUGUGAAUUCUGGAAUUCUCCCAGGAAACAAUGAAAAUCAGUGCUGUCGAUUUCAUGCCAGAAGCUGAUAUUGUAGAAAUUGAAUCAUUAAUGCUCUUUGUAUAGGCGAAUCUGUAGUUGAAUAUUUCAGGGAUGUGAUUUCAGUUCAUCUCUACCUCCCACCCUACACGUUUUGAUUAUCAGGGGACGGCAUGAUUAUUACUGGGUGGGUGGGGGGUUGCAGUGCGUGUAAGGAAGGGAAAGAGCAUGUGAAUGGGAAGAGAUCUCUUGUGGGAAUGGGGGUGGAAGAAAGGGAAUUCUGGUAUGGAAAACUUUGAGAAACCUCUGGCUGAGACCCACAGGACUGUUGAACUUUAACCCACAAUCUGUGGUAUGAGAAGUCGGAAGUAGUAAAGGAAGAAACCAAUAGCAGGUCCAAAGUUCUUGUCAAGAAAUUGGAGGGCAUCAGGCUCAGUUCUCUCAAAAUGAACAUUGUGGGAGCAUUGUACAUCCCGUCUAGAAUAACAACAAAUACGCUCACUUUUGUUUCUUUGUUCAGAGUGAAUGAAUAGCUACUGGACUUAGUUUGUGUCUCAGUCUGGGAAAUAGCGUACCGAGGUCAGCCUUCGAGCGUCACUGAUACAGAGGAGCCAGUGUUUCAUCCUCUCCCUCUCUCUCCCUUUGCACACAGGACUUGCAUACCGCUGGUUUGUGAAUGAAUUCCCCAACUUCAUCCCAGCAGACGGAAGGCGUUUCAUCUCCCAAAAAACGGGAAACCUGUACAUUGCUAAGACAGAGGCCUCUGACCUCGGCAACUACUCCUGCUUUGUCACUGGCCAGAUUGAUUCCAUUCAGAAGAGUGUCUUUAGCAAAGUUUCUCAGCUCAAUCUUCUCAGAGAAGGUCAGUGCACUGGCGACCCACAAUGUUGGAAGCCCAGUUGAUCCCUCUGAGAGAUGCCCUAGGAGGGCCAACUCCAGAGGGAGGCAUUUCUGAAGUAGGCCUGCAGAGCCUGUGACCCACCAAGCCAAACAUACCUACCAGCCAUGUAUGGUGUCCUAUGAGCAGUUCCUUGCCUACUUGGGACUGCAAGAUGCCAUGGUCCCUGAUUACAGAGGAUCUCAUGUUGUACUAUUCAUGGGGAGUAGGGAGCCUUCCAUGCAGCUGGGUGAUAUUCAGUGCUUAUUUCCUGGCCGUCUGUGUUGAAAUCUGAAUCCUCCUCCUUGGAGCCAGCCAGUGGCUUUGGUGGUCUGAAUUUUUUUUGUGGCUGGAGAUGUAGGUUGUUCUUACCAUCCCCAUAUAGCAGAUUAGGUUAGGACAGGUUAAGAGAGAGUAGCUGGCCUAAGGCCAUCUCAGGGGGAUCUGCUGUAGCUCAAUGAUGUGGUACAUGCUUUGCAUGUAGCAGGUUCCAGUUUGAUCCCUGGUCUCUCCAGGUUGGGCUGGGAAAGACUCCUGUCUAAAACCCUGGAGAGCCAGUGGCUGUCAGUCUAUCCCAGCCUUUCCCACCCUGGUGUCCUCCAGAUGUUGUGGGGCUCCUACUCUCAGCUGCCUCAGUCAUCCAGCCAAUGGUCAAGUGUGAUGGGAGCUGCUGACAAAAACAUCUGGAGGGCACCAGGCUGAGGGAUGCUGGUGUAGAUAACACUGAGCUAGAUGGAACAGAGGUGGAUCAGGAUUUCCUUACUCAUUGCUCUCCUCUUCCAUCACAAGCUACGUCAGAGCAGUGUGGGUGAUGGCUGUGUGGUAGCCACGGCUGUGCCACACCAGUAAUGUAAAAACUGGCUCUGCAAGUACACAAAGAAGUAAAUGCUGAACUUAACUUCUUGGGUUUUGAACGUGCACUUUUUUGAAGAUGAAUCAUUUUGGAGGCCUGUGCUUUGCAACAUCCUGCAUGGGUAGCUUUAAAGCUUUCAACCUCUUGUCCCCCUUCCCACAGAUUCCAGGCCGUUUGCUCCCAGCAUUAAAGCCAAGUUUCCUUCUGACACUUAUGCUCUGGCCGGGCAGCUGGUGGCUUUGGAGUGUUUUGCCUUUGGGAAGUGAGUACUUGUGUCAAUUGCAUUUAGCCUCUUGCUGGUGACAGCAGAAAAGUUGCAGGCCAACAUAGUUAUGAAUUGAAUCUUGUAGACUCUGUUCUGAGGAACAAGAAUGCAGAAGAGGAAGGAAGAAGAGAGCUGCUGUUUUAAAUAUCAGAGAAACUCUGUCCUGAAGAAAGUUUGAGGAUCAUAGCCUGCAUUAUCUGGAACAUAACCAAGCAUACAUUUGAUGAAGCCCUAUUCCCCAUCUAUUUUACUCCUUUGCCCUGUUUGUGAGUGAGGUUUUUAAUAAUCUGAAAUAUUUAAUAAUCCUUUAGAUGACUUUUGGGUGUUGGACAGUAAAUGCUGACUAGUUUGAGCUAGGACCCACCCAGGAAUGGCUGGUGUGGUGAUGUGGAGUCAGCCUCCCAGCACUGGUGAUGCUGCCACUUACCUGGAUGGUGCAGGGCAGCAGCGAAGUCAGAGCUGCCUGGGUGCACAGAUGGAGUCAACCAGGUGCUGCCAGUGCACCUGGACGGCCCUGCCCCAUCCAGGUAAGCAGUAUUGAUUCUGGUGUUAAGAGGAAGGCGCCAUAGCACUGCCCACCCCACCAAAAUAGCACAUAGGCUGCUCCUGAACUCGCCAGAAUCUGUUUUUAUUGUUAUGCAUUUGCCUUCAAAUGGAUGGUGUAAUAAAUAAGAGUGCCUCUGAGCAUGUGCAAAGACCACACCAAACAGAAUCGCAGGUGGGUAGGUGGUAGUGAUUUUUCCCCCAUCAAGAGGAUAUGAUUUGUAAGAAGACUUGAAUGCCAGCAGAACUCUUGUUUCUGUAUAUUAAGGUGUGGGUUGUGAGAGACAAUGAUAGUUUACUAACAGGUCAAAGAGAAAAGCCUGGCUAGUUUAAAAAAUGGAAGACAUAAGGCUCACAACGAGGAAAGGGAAAUAAUUGAAUUGCACUGGAUUCCAGUGUUUGUUGCUGUUGCAUUGAUGCUGAAGCUUGAAGUGCCCUUUUACAGAGGUUUAUUUAUAAUCUAGCCCUGUCCCUCGAAUAAAAUGGCGGAAGUUGGAUGGUAGCCAGUCCUCUGAGUGGAUCACAACGGAGCCCCUUCUACAGUUUAAGGAGAUUGGCUUUGAAGAUGAAGGCACUUAUGAGUGUGAAGCUGAAAAUGCCCAAGGAAAAGAUACCUAUCGGGGCCGCAUCAUCAUCCAAGGUAAAGCACUCCUGGAGGUUCCUUCACAAGUAUCUUAUCGUUUUAUUAUAUUUCUAUCCCGCCCAUCCUUAGAAUGCUUGGGGCAGCAUAGUUGGAGCUCCCAGCAAUCCCCUGACAGGCAGCCAUCAGCUCUACAUCUUUCCUAGUACAUUGAUCCAAAUGAAAAGAGAGCUGGAGGUCCCUCUUGAACCUUUCUCUGUGCUUUUCAUAUUUUCCAAAUAGUGCACAGGGUGGGUGGAAACCUAAAGCAUAACGAUGAAAUAAGGGAUCCAUCCCUAAGGAUGGAAUAAUCUGCAGAAUCUAGGGCUGAGAUGGGUUGUUCAAAUCUGUGAACCUCCAAGUUACACGUUUUCCCCAUUUUUAAAAAAAAUCAAUGUUUUAGAAAUGAAAUGUGGUAUGUUAGGGGUUGCACAUUGUAAUAAAUUCCCACCACAACUUGAGCAUCAUGAAUCUCGCACUGCUUCCUGUCUGAAGUGCAUACGUCCCGUUCUCUUCUUGUUCUUUUUAUAGCUCAGCCAGAAUGGCUGAAGGUCAUCUCAGACAAAGAGGCUGACAUCGGAGCAGACCUUCGCUGGAGUUGUGCUGCAGCUGGCAAGCCAAGGCCUACCGUCAAAUGGCUACGGAACGGGCAGCCCUUAACCUCUCAGGUAGCCCAUCUGUCACUGGCAUUAUGGUUCCCUUUUGUAGGUGGCGUGCAAAAUAGAAAUGCCACAUAAAAGCGCAAUAAUAAAUAUGAAACCUGUUUAAACGAUGGGAGCAAAGGAAACCACAGUUGAAAGUACAAAGCAGGCUAUCUGCCACUAACUAACUAAUAGAAAACUUAGAAGCUGCCAUGCUAAGGUCAAGAGAAAGGAUUGAGCAUUCUUAGGGCCAUGAUUCAGAGGUAGAACAUCUGCCCUGCAUUCAGAAAGUCCCAUGUUCAAUCCCCAGUAUCUCCAGGUCAGUCUGGGAAAGUCUCCUGUCCUAGAGAGCAACUACUAGUCAAUGUAGACAGUGCUGAGCUAGGUAGACCAGUGGACCCUCCCUACAGUCCUGCGUUUGGCCACCUGUUGUCAAUUCUGUAAAUUCAAGCCAGUAAGCUACCUGGAAACAACCUCAAAUGUUCAUUUCUCCUGGUUAUGUUCUUAGGCCCAAACUAGAUGUGACAUUAUGAAUGCCGCUAACAGUUGUAUGAUUUAAAAAAGUAAUAAUUAAGAAGUAGUAAGUAGCUGUGGGGAAGACUGAUCUGGAUCAGAACUGUGUAGGAGGAGAGGAGGAUUUUGUUUUGGUUCUUGCACCAAAGGGAUGUUUCUCUUAGCUGCACAUAGGAGCUGUGCAGGGUAGUCUGGAUUUGGAUCGCAGCCAAGGCAAAGGGUUAAAUGCUCCUUUGGGAUCCCAGUCCAAAUCCCGUCCUCCAGCAUUUGCUAUAUGUUUUCCUUUAAAAUAAUCACACAAUUGUUAAUUGGAUGAAUAAUGUCACAAUUUGGUUUUGCUCACAUUCCGUACUAUCUUCCCGUUAAUCACAGUCGGUAUUAACUUAGCAAGAAUUAGUGGUACUCAAGAUGUGAAUGAGCUAUAACUGGGUAAUAAGCAAACAUGUUAAUUUGGAUUGUUAGGGGAUAUUUUAACUGAAGGGCUUUUGAUGCAAAGGCAGAAAGCUUAAAGAAUAAGGAUUAAGCCAAAGUUGUACUAAAGCCGAGAGACUUACAUGAAAGGGUAGUGGACUUUGGAGUUCACAUAUUAGCUAACAUUGUGUGACUUUUCCAAGAGCAGAUCAGAAAACAAAGGAAGGGCUUUAAAUACAGAAAUCCUUGUUACCCUUCAGAGAAAUACCGUACAUGAUAAAAAUACAGAGCAAGCUAUGUACCAUUAGCCUAUUUAGUGGCAGUGAAAGCAGCAAAGAAGGCAUACUUUGCUGCCUCCAUGGGAACCUCAUUUGACAUCCAGCAGAGCUUUUCCAGGUAGUAUGGGGCCUUUUAUGGUUUGGUUCAAAGGAGGCGGUAGAACUGACAGUAGCUCACUGUGAUUUUUUUUGCAAAGCAUUUUGAGAAUAAAAUUGCUUGAUCUUGCCAAGACUUUGACUCUACUGUUACAGCAGAUUAAUCUCUAAAGGUGUCCAGAGCACCGUCUAACCCUGUUAUGUUGGAUAAGUUUCAGUUAGUAAGGCUGGAUGUGGACAAGUACUUGGAUUGGUCUGGGUGACCACUUACACUCUGGAUCCUUGCCCCUCUUGGCAGGUAAAAACUAGCAAGGAGGAGGAUAGCUGGCUGGGCCAGGGAGAUGAUUAAUGCCUCCAUGUGAGAGGGGAUAGUAAAAACGCAAGGGUAAAAAGCUGUGGUAAAACCUCUCUUCAAGAAAUCGUCUGUGGAUUCGGAAAACCUAAGUAAUUGCCUUUCAGUUUCCAAUCUGAUUUGGUAGCCUUGUAUGGUGGCCUCUGUUGUGUCAUAAUUCUUUCCUUUUGCUACACCCGUGUGCCACACUCUUGAUCUGCAACAAAGAGGAUUGCUACCUGGCUGCUUUUAAGUUGGAAUUGAUAGAGCUGCACCUUAAUGUACAAAUAGCAAAACAAAAAAACAAACCCGGGGUGACCUUUGUAAGAACAGAAGUACACAUGCUCCUGAAUGUCUCUUUCCGCUCCUUUUCCACAGCAUAAUCGUAUAUUUGUCUCAGAAGUAGGUUCCAUUGAAUUUAGUGGGGACCUCUUCCCAGAUACAUGACUUUAGGAUUGCAGCCUCAGAUUGUUGUACACAUGGGAGAGACCCCAGUUGCUUCGAAAUGCAUUAAGAACUUGAGCCUUAACUUUUGCCUCAAAAACGGUUUUGGUUUUUUUGUUUCCCCCAUAGUCGUUUUGUUCUUAUUUGCCACUUCUAAAUUGUCUGACUGGAACCCCUCAGCUACUGGAUAUUUUUACUCUGCAUUGCAAUGCUAAGAUCUUUAAAUUAUAAACUGAUGUCUUUCUGGGGAGAAAUUGGUUGGAGAGAUUUCUGGGCACGAAAGCAUGGGCCACAUAUAAAUAUUGGGGUCAGGCAUUCAAUGGAGUGAAUCUGCCGAGAACAUGGCGUAUUCAUUUGCAUUGUUCUGUUUUUCAAGACAAUAUGUCCAGCUCUGGGUGAGCAAAAUAUCAAACAAUAGCUUUUUAAACUGGACAGAUAUCCUUAGAGAUGACGUUUGCUGUGCUUCAGUUGUUGCACUGUUUCUGUAUACCAAAGUUGGUCUGUAUCUAUAGACAACUUUCUAAGGGCUGUCUACCAAUGGAAGGCAGGGCCAGAGGCAAAAGUUGACAGAGAGGUUAAUGUCUCUUACCUGUGUUUGGUAGGCUGAAUUCCAGCAAAGAAAAAGGCAGAGUUUUCUAUACAUAAACUCAUUACAACAAAUACACAUCUCUCCAUUCAAACAAGAGGCACGAUCACCUUUCAAUGAAACUUUCCAUUCAGGACAACCUGAUGAGGAACAGUGAGGAGGCCUAAAGAGACUCCCUGGGGCAGAAAGAAAGCCCGAAGGACCACAUUUGGAGGGCCCAUAGGCCAGAGGCUAGCCAUGCCCUCUAGGCAUAUGCACAGAGUCAUGUGAGUGGCAGCAGGCACAGAAUAGGGCAAAUGUGUUGAACAGCACAACCGUGUCACCACUGAGAGGGGUAAUGUGAUGUUCUCUACUGAAACUCACUUCUGUGUAUAUAGCACUUGCAUUUCAUGUUCUGUGUUCUGAUCUAACCACCUAAUUUACUUGUUUGCACAGAAUCGCAUUGAAGUGAAUAGUGGGGAUUUGAGGAUUUUAAAGUUAACAAUGGAGGACUCUGGGAUGUACCAGUGUGUAGGAGAGAACAAGCAUGGCAGCAUUUAUGCAAGUGCUGAAUUGGCUGUGCAAGGUACGUUCUGGAUUUCUGUGGAUUGUCUGGGCAAUACCGACAUGCUUUAGAAAGGGGGUUAUUUCUCCAGAAGUGAGCCCUGUGUGUUGAAUGGGACUUGUUCACUAGUAUUAAUGCUUGGAUUUUAAUCUUAAAUAUUGGCAAAUUCCCUGUCUAAAAAGCAGUAAGAUAAUGGACUGGCCUAAUACUUUGCCAUAUUGCUUCAUGGUGAAUUUCAUUUUUAACAUUUUAUUUUCUUUAGUCCUGGAGGGCUGCUGUUAACAGAUUGUAUUCUAGCAGUUUUAGUGGCAAGAAAAAUCUAAGAAACCUCAAAUGGUUUUAAUUUGAAAUGUCAACAUCUGCUUAGGUUAUGAGGCAAUACAGUAUUUACGGCCAAUCUCAGUUGGUUUUUCUCAAAGAUCAAGGCACUGUCGCAGCCAAGACUGAAAUAUGCCUACAUGCAUAGUGAAACUAGCAGACUUUUUCAUCCAUAUUGGUAUGUGAAUUCAGUCUGAUGUAAGAUGAAUAGAGGUGAAUUAAACUUCUCUAAUUAGCCACAGCAUGUUCCCCUAUAUUGUUUUUUAGUACUAUAGAUUUUAUUAACUGUGUGUAUUUCUGGCUCAUUUGCUUUGACAGGACUGAACAGAAACAGGCAGCUGCCCUUUUAGACAUUGAGCACACAUUUCAAUCAGUUUCAAAUUCAAUGACUUCUGGGGUUUUGAGUUUUGAAGUUCUGACUUUGAAAUUACACUUGGAAUCAGUAAUCUUUCUGUUCAAAAUUUAAGAUGUAGCUAUUUUGAAGGAUUAAUCAAGCUUAGGUUUUGACAUUUUAUUCUUCACAGUGUUCAAUUUCAGACUUUUUGGGCUUCAGAGAUCUGAACUUGCAGCAUGCUGAUUUUCACAGUGUAAAACAUUUGCAUUUUGUUCAAUGAAUUGGAGGUUUGCGUAGUUAAAUUUGUCUCACUUGGACUAAAUACUGAGGCACCUCACUGUUACAACAUUACUUUAGGUGUCCAAGUGACAGACAGGCAACUUUAUUUAACAGAAGCCAUGAUAUAUGUUAUCGUGUUACUUUUGCACUAUUAUAGAAUCUACAGGAAGCUUGCCUUUACCAUUCCCAGGGCUCAGCAUUCGUAAAACCUACUUAAUCAUUUUAUUUUCCCUUUUAGCCUUUGCUCCAGAUUUUCGGCUAAACCCCGUGAGGCGACUAAUACCAGCAGCUCGAGGCGGAGAAAUUAUUAUCCACUGCCAGCCAAGAGCUGCACCAAAGGCCAUUAUACUCUGGACCAAAGGGACUGAGCUUCUGAGCAACAGCUCCAGGUAUGAGGACCCUUAAGCUAGUUCCUAGCUAAAACUAAGUAGCUUUGAGCAUGCAGUCCCUUCUCAGUGCAAUUAUCCUGCUGGCUUCUGGUUAGCUUAAAUUUAUUGUGUGGAACUGAUCCCAUGUGUGUUUACUUGGAAGGCUGUCCCGGUGUGUUCAGUGGGGUGAGUCUCCUUAGGAUUGAUCCUUCAGAAGCAGCAUUUUCUUGCCUGGUGGCUCUGCUCUAAGCCCCUUGAAUUGUUUUUUUGGGGGGGGGGGCAGUGAUAUCUGUUGUCCAAAUGGUAGCUUGACAGAAAAGCAUGAUUUGUGCAGGAAUGUGAGAGGUUUUUAUUCAGCACUUCAGUUGUGCUAGGCUGCUUGGAUUUUGGAGCACCACCUACAUUUACUAUGAAAAUCUAGCAAGCAAGAAGCAGUGUUGAAACUGCGAAGGAGUGUCCUCCCUGCCACACAAGAUGAUUUCCCAGAUGGUUAGAAGAGUGGUAGACAGUUGCCAAUCCUUAAACAGCUUGUACAGAGAACAGUAUCCUGAAAGGAUUUGCACAGUGAAAAUGUAAGCUUGAAUCACAUCACCUUCAAGCAGCUUGAGGCAGAAAAAUGGCAAUAUCCUUUAAAUAAGUGUAUUUCAUACGUGGGAGUAUUCAGCUUUGCAUAUAUAUCUUGUCCAAUUAUUUAAGAGUAAGGACAUGUAUUUCUUUUUGGUGAAAGUUAAUCAUAGCUACUGUUUGAUAUCCUAGCCUGCUGAUUUAAAACUUCCAAAAGUAACUAGAGUUGCUUGUUUGCUUGUAAAAUAACAUAGUUAUUCAGUUGUUUGCUGCACCUUUAACUGCAGCCUGCAUAUGAGACCCACCUCCACCUUUGAAUCAUCUUUCUGCUGUCAGGUGACCAGAUGUAAGAUAACCCCUAACAGGGGGCAGGACUUAGGAUCCCCUUUUCUCCCAGUAACCCUUUCUCCUUUAUCUUCUAACACAAAACUAAACAGAGCUGCCACGCUAUCGCUGCAGCCCAGUGGCACACCUCAGUCUUUCUUUGGAAGGCCAAUGUUAUACAACGUAUUAUUUCCAAUACCUUUCAGCUGACGCAUUUGACAGAAUUCAUCACUGCCUUCAUGCUACAUGUCCCAUGACAAUCAAGUGGGUCUGUAGUUGGCUGAAUUAUUCUCUCACUUUCUCCUGAUGGGCUCUUCUUCCACUGCAGCAUCACCAUCACUCCAGAUGGCACCUUGAUCAUUCGGAAUAUUAGCAAGUUAGAUGAGGGCAAAUACACCUGCUUCGCAGAGAAUUUCAUGGGCAAAGCAAACAGCACAGGAGUUCUCUCAGUUCGAGGUAAGGGCAUUUUAUUGCCACUGGGACCAAAUGUAAUAAUGCAGGUAUUCUCAAGCUUCCUACCCCCAGGGCCUACUCAAGAAGGUUGAAAAUUACUGAGGGCCCACAGCCACAAAAUUCUCUUAUUUCUCCCAUAACAGGUCUCCUCAGUUAUCCCCUUCCUUUCUAUUUGCAGUUUGUUGUUGUUGUUAAGUUUUAUCAUAUUAUCUUAUUUUCUCAUUUCCUUCAGCACCUCCUCUGGCACUUUCCCCUUAGAAGAGGGAGACCCUCCCUCUCUCCCACUAGCCUCAGACUUCUCUUUCUCCCAUCAUGCAAGGAAUCAUUGAGGCUGAGCUUAGACCAGCCAAAAGGCUGUGGCAUAGCUAGGGGUGGGGUAGGCAAGUGAGGAAACACUGGGCAAGCUGUGGCACUGAGGCCAUGUGGCGAGUCCCUGCGUGCUGUUUGAGAAACACUGCAGUAAUGGAAAGGUCAACAAUACAUUUUGCCAUCAUUUCUGCCCUGCAAGUACUACAGCAAGAGAAGAGUGUAUUGCUAGUUCACUGAAGUAAUUAAAGUGGGCUUUCCUUCCUUUCCAACCACAUUAAGCACACAGUAAAAGAGACAACUGGUUCAAGACGACAGUGUUGCAGCCCUUCUCACUGAUUCUUUGGGGAUGGCAGAACCAUAACUGAGGUGCUCUGGGCUUUCCUAGUUUCUAGUUAUUUUUUUCACCAGCAAAUCUGUAUUCAGAGACAGAUGUCAUUCACCUUUUUCUGUGCCCGUGUUAUGUUAAUGAAAACUGAUAUGCACAAACAACUAUUGACAACUAACAAUCAUCUCACCUGCUUUUUCUGCAGAUGCCACUAAAAUCACCCUCGCACCAUCCAGUGCUGACAUUAAUGUAGGUGAAAAUAUUACCCUUCAAUGCCGUGCCUCUCAUGACCCAACAAUGGACCUCACCUUUACUUGGUUCCUGGAUGACUUUCUCAUCGACUUUGUCAAGUCCGAAGGCCACUACAAGCGAGCUAGUACAGUGAGUACUGCAAAUCCCAUGAUGCCCUGUAAUUUCCAGAAAGGUGGUCACAAUUCAAGGAGAACCAAUUACCCUUCUACCUUUUCAUUGGGAUGUCCUCUGAUAGAUCUCAUCAUUUGCCCACUGCUAAGAUGCUGCCUUUCUCCUCUUCUGUUGCCUUUCUCCUCUUUUUAAACUUGCAUGCCGCAAUUUCUCAGCUUGGUUCUGACAUUAUUCCUAUUGAUUCUUCUAUCAUAGAAAGAGAACAUUGGAGACCUUUUGAUCUUGAAUGCUCAGCUGAAACAUGCUGGUCGAUAUACUUGCACAGCUCAGACAGUGGUGGACAGUGCUUCUGAGUCAGCAUUGCUGGUUGUAAGAGGUAAUUUUUCCUGUCCCAUCACCCCACAAUUUUUGCAGUGACAAGUCCAAACAAGUUGCCCUCUGCCUGCACUUGCUCCUGCUCCCGCUCCCAGAAAGACAGACAACUUAUAUUCUCCACAAAACAGUAUAAGAGCUGAAUAUUUAUCUUGCCACGCAACUCACCCACUAGUGAAGCUGCAGAGUAAAGUUGGCUCUGUCUAGUAAACCUGAUGCCCUCCACGUGUUUUAGGCUAUAGUGCCCAUCAUUAAAGAUAGUCCAAAGUAUUUAGAGGGUUGGCAAAGGCUGAUCUCAUAGUAAGGGCUGCCCAGUUACAUUUCAUACAAAUAUACACAUUCACAUAUAGAAUUGCAUUCUAAAGCAAAAGAGAGAGAUGGAACCUUUUUCUAACAAGGUGGAAAGAUUUACUUAAUGCAAAUCCAGAAUUGUGGUGUGUUACUACAAAUCCUUCAAUGGGGGCUGUGUGAUGACAGCCUUACAUUUCUCUUUAUAUAGGAAGAUACUGAGGAUCAGGGAAAGCCUUGGUAAAGAGGUGUGACUUCAAUUGGUGGCAAAAACACCACACGAUUGGUGCUCACCUAAUCUCCAUGGGAAGCCCAUUCCAUAUGGCAAGUGCCCUCCUCUGCACUGCCCCCCUAAUAGGUCCUGGUACAGUCAGGAUGGCUCCAUCUGCAGACUUCAAUCUGUACAGAAGAAGAUGUAGCUCUGAGUUGUUCAGGGCUUUAUGUAGGAAAAUGGACAUCUUAAAUCUGGCUCAGUAACUAAACAGCAGCAAGUGCAGCUCCUUUAGCACAGGCAUUAUGUGCACACAUAUCAUGAAGCAAAAGUCCUCUCUCUUAAUGUUCUUCUAUGUGGUUCUGGGAUGUCAUUGUGUCUGUUGUUCUUCCCUUUUGGGUAGGUCCUCCAGGGCCACCUGGCGGGUUGGUGGUGAGGGACAUCAAGGACACCACUGUGCAGCUGAGCUGGAGCCGAGGCUUUGAUAACCACAGCCCCAUUGCCAAAUAUGUCAUCCAGGCCCGCACUCCACUCUUCUCCAAGUGGAAGCAAGUGCGCACCAGUAAGUGUCUUGAGGGCAGUGGCCCACACGGAACAGGCUUCAGUAGGAGGCUUUGCUGUUAUUCCUUUAGCACUGCUUGCUCUAUUUGUUCUAUUCUCGUGCUUUUGGGUUAUAGAUCCUGCAAAUAUUGAAGGUAAUGCAGAGACGGCCCAAGUGGCCAACCUCAUACCAUGGAUGGAUUAUGAAUUUCGGGUCCUGGCCAGCAACAUCCUUGGAGUGGGAGAACCCAGUGUGCCUUCUACCAAGAUCCGCACCAAAGAAGCUGGUGAGUACACCACCCAGUGGUGAUGCAGGGUAGGGUCUUCUGUCUGGUGGGCCCUGUGGUUAUGAAACUCCCUCCCUGUAGAGCUGUAGCUGUUCCCCCACCUGAUCAGCAUUUUGGUGUCAUCUUAAAAUGCCUUCUUACAAAAUUGCUUCACUCACCUGCUGUAUUUAUCUAUCUUAGUGAUAGUUUAUUCUGAAACAGAUUUUAACUCUUUAAUUAUUGUGCCUGUACUUUUGUUGUAUGCUGUCCUGAGCUCCUUUGGCAAGAAAGGUGGGGUAAAAAUCUAAUAAGGUAUUUUCCAAAGCCAGAAGAAGAAGAAGAAGAAGAAGAAGAAGAAGAAGAAGUUGUUAUUUCACUGCAUAGUGCUAUCAGAAUUCUUAUAAUGAUGGAAUGACUCACAGAAAUUAUUUUGAUCCAGUGGUUGUCACAAUCAAUUGCUGCUUCAGCUUAUGAACUUACAAGAUACAUGACCUUCACGUUUUCAUGAGGACUAGAACAUCUGAUUUUAAAACUCCACAAAGUUUUUGUGGUGAUUUAUUGGGCCUUCUUUUUUAGGUGCAUGCAUUCUUGGACUUCCUUAGACUUUUCAAAGUGAUGUCCUUUACAUAUGUUUUAAAAAUUGACACUCAUAUUUCACAGGUGAAAGUUCAGUGGGACAAUUUACCUGAAUAUACCUUCUUUAUGAUGUAGUUGAUUGAUUCUAAUUAUUGAAAUGGUGCUUUUCUUUAGUAUUGCUUGACUUUUGUUUUCCAAUUUAACAUGUCAUCUUCUGCCUCUCUUUGGGGGGAUCACUCCAGCCCCUACUGUUGCACCAUCUGGGCUCAAUGGAGGAGGAGGAGCACCUGGAGAACUCAUCAUCAACUGGGCGGUAAGCCAGCCACACAAAAGUGGGCAAUUUCAUUGCUGACAGCUCUCUGUUUUUCUUUGCAUUUCUUCUGGGAGUAGGCAAAAUAAUCACUGUGUGUUACGUGCAAAAGCAUGUUUGUUGUUCAGGAGCACAAACACAUGGAAAUAGUAGGGGUUGACAAUGACUGUAGCUUUCUUUGGUUACAGCUUACCAGAGUUUGUCACAGCAUUGGGCAGGGAUCCCGACAUGAGGCAGUCUACCUGCUGGCUGAUGUUGCCGUCCAGUCCAUGUUCUAGGGCACAUGUGCCACAUGUGGCAGCUCCACUGCUGGAAGGAUCCCACUACCUCCCAGGCCACUUCUGGUGCCAGCUCACCAUUUGCCAUCCUAUUAUGCAGAUAAAGUAGUUAAUAAAGAAGUUCAAUUUGCACGUGUUUGUAAAAUAAAUCUAUCAAUUGAGAGUAAUGUAGGCUUUUGUUUUCUAUAAAAAAAGAUCCCUAUUUGAUCUAUAAUAAUAGUAGUAGUAGUAGUUAGCUCAGGGCGGCUAACAUCAUAAAACUAAGACAGUAUACAAAGAGCAUAAGAACAUAAAAACAGGCAAUCAAUUAAUUAAAAUACAUCUUAAAAUUAGUUCAGAGCAAAUUAAAAUCUGGAUAGAUGGCAAUCCAUGGGUAAAAUUGAAAGUGGUUAAUAUUCUCUAGGGCCAACUGUUACCACUGGUCUUAUAAAGGACCUUCGAGUGGGCUAGGAGGCCUCUUUAAUGCUUGUUCUUAUACAGAAAGAAAAGAAUCAGACUGAACCCCAACCAAAGGCCUGGCAGAACAGCUCCGUCUUGCAGGCCCUGUCAAAUCCCACAAAUCCUUUAAAGAAGGAUCCGGGAUUAUUUCCAUGUGAAUAGUACUUUUCUUUUCUUUUCUUAAAAUAUUUUUUAUUAAUUUUCCAUUUAAACAUAUACAGUCACAUAAUUGUUACCCACUUAACUUAUUUGGCUCUUUAGAGCCUACUGACUUCUUUCCCUCCCACUUCUUGGCUUUCAAAAGUAACCUUUAUAUCACAGCACUUUAUAUAUCUUCCAAUUCUAAUAUAACUCAUUACAAAACACCUCAAAAUUUAAAUUAGAAAAGUAAAAAAAUUAUCAUUACAAGUCUUCAGAUAACCUUACUAAGUACUUCUCGUUUCUAAGAAGGAUACUUGAUUUUAAACUGUGCUACCCGAGUCCAGAUUUUACCUCCUUUUUGUUCUCUUGCUCGUUUGACCAGCUGGCAUGUCACUGUUGUAUGCAUAAAUCUGUAUAAAGCAUGUCGUGUGAAUAUGAAAUCUGGAUCCAGACCAAUGUUGUGGAGUCUUUCUGUUUUGUUUCCCCCCUCAACUGGUCCCAACCUGCAUUUCAGCCAAUGCAACGGGAGUACCAAAAUGGAGACGGCUUUGGAUAUAGGCUCUCUUUUCGCAAAGAAGGCACUCAGGUGUGGAAGACAGCAAGCGUGCCCCAUGCGGAAUCCCUACAUUAUGUUUAUCGCAAUGAGAGCAUCGCACCCUAUACUCCCUUUGAAGUGAAAAUCAAGGCCUUCAACAGGAAGGGGGAGGGGCCAGAGAGCCUGGUGUCCAUUGUGCAUUCUGCAGAGGAAGGUAGGCUGGGAUCAUAAGAGUGAAUUGCAUACUUCCGAGUAUUGCUUCAGCUCAGUUCAAUUUCCACCUGAUGCUUCUCUCAAGAGCACCAGAUCAAUAGCAUUGCAAGAGUUGUUUCCUGCCUUGCCCUUUGACAGGAGGCCAAGUGUCUGGUUCCUGAUCUUUGCGCCUUGCAGAUAUUUGUAGACUUGGAUUAGAUUUGCCCAUAAUUCCAAGGUUUUGCUGUUGUAUGUCCACAGAACCAAGAGUGGCUCCCUCUAACGUUACUCUCAAGGCAGUGUCGGCCACAGAAGCAGAUUUUUCCUGGGAUCCCGUGGAGCAACAUGAAAUGAACGGAGUCCUCUUGGGCUAUGAGGUAAGAAGAAAGGGGAAGGAGUGGAUCUGGAGCAAGGCUCAGGUUCAGAGACAACCCCACAAAAAGAAGCAUUGGACUGGUAUGGUGGUAUCUCAGCAACUGUUUGCAGAGCCACCUCAGUUCAGUCUGAUAACAUGACAGAAUCUCCUCUUGUGGAUAAGCUGAUAUGGGCUGCUCAGAGGAAAUAGUCUUACUGCUGACUUAAAAAUAAAACACCUCAGUGUCAAAGGAGCUCAGAUUGCCAUGUGUCCCUGUCUUCAGAUCCGGUACUGGAAACAUGGUGACAAAGAGGAGGCUGCUGACAGAGUGAGGACUGCGGGACUUGUCAACUCAGCACGUGUAACAGACCUCCAACCUAACACCAAGUAUCGUGUGGCUAUCAGGGCUUACAACCGAGCUGGGACUGGGCCAGCCAGUCCUCCCACCAGUUUCAUGACUACAAAACCACGUGAGUGAGCAUUAGAUGAAGCUGCCUUUCUUUUCUGUAAAUACUUCAGUCACCUCUGAUAUGUGUGUCUGUAGCUUACUAUGCCUCCUUUUUUUCCUUUUUAUUGCUGUGGUUUUUGUGCUUUAUAAUGUGUGUUGCAUGUAUGAUGGUUUUAUUUAUUUUAACUUGCAAGCUGCUUUGGGUUUAUCUUCUUGUAUAGAAAAGCAGUAUAUACAUUAUAUAGUGUUGGGGGGAGGGGGUUGUCUGUGUGUUGACUAAGGAUGUGCCCCAACCACAACAUUUGCCUUUUUUCAUAGCAUUUGAAAGCAGCCUGAUCUGUUUCAGAUCCCUAUCCAUCUGAUUUGAUUUGUGAAUUGGGUCCGAAUCUGAUGUGUUAAGUCCAAAGCUUUGUUUCACCCAAUUUAAUAUCAUGAAGAAGCUACAAAUGACGUUAACCAUUUUCCUCCCUUUUCACAUAAGUGGAUGAAAUUUGCAAGCAAAUGAGUCCUUGCAGAGUAAAUUUGGGCUGCCAAAUUUCUGGUAGAUCCAUCCCAGAGUGGCUUCCUCUAACAUUUGCAAUUUGUCGUUAUUGAAUGACACUCAAAAUCUGAUGCCUUAUGCAUAUGGCACACUGUGCCUUGUGGUAGAACUGGCCUGGAGAGGAUUCCCUUUCCAAUUACCAGAGUUAGAGCUGGAGUGGGAGGGAAGCAACUUUUUCCUGUAUCAUCUUUAUGGCAAUGAGGGCUCAGUGUAUUCUGUACAUGUACAUCAGGGAGGAGAGACAUUGGGAGAGAGAAAUGGGGAUGACUAAGAAUUGAGGAGAAAAGAAGAAGGUAAGUAAGAAGGUGGGAGGAGGGCAGAGAGACAUAGGGUGGUGCCUUAUACUGACUCAGACCACUGGUCCAUCUAGUUCAGUAUUAGAAAAUAUCUACACUGACUGGCAGCAGCUCUCCAGGGCUUCAGACAGGAGUCCCAACCUUAUCUGAAGAUGCCAGGGGUUGAACUUGGGACCUUCUGCAUGCUCUGCCGCUGAUCUACAGCCCUUUCCCAAGAGGCUAGAACAGGCAUAGGCAGUGGCAGAGUUUCAUGCUCCAACACUGGGGGGCGGAGAGCAGACGGGAGUGGGGCAUGGCACCCAGAGUGGAGGCAUGGCCCCCAGAGCGGGUGGAGGGCACAGCCGCGAUGGCACCCCCCUGGGAUCGCACUGCCGGGGGCGGUGCGUUCCCCCCGCACUCCUCUUCCUCCACCAGUGGGCAUAGGCAAACUCCAGCCCUCCAGAUGUCUGGGACUACAAUUCCCAUCAUCCCUAGCUAACAGGACCAGUGGUCAGGGAUGAUGGGAAUUGCAUUCCCAAACAUCUGGAGGGCCGGAGUUUGCCUGUGCCUGGGCUAGAAUGACUGAGGAGAUGGGAGAAAGUGGAGCACAGGAGGAAUGGGUGGGAGAGAACAGGGAAUGCUCCCAGAUUUGUAGAAUGGGUAGCCAGAUGGCAGGUGGGAGGAAGGGUUGUGUGGAUUGGAUUUCAUCAGCCAAAGCAUUGUCUGUAGGCCUCUAUCUUGCUUUCUGUUGCUGUAGUAAAGAUCUCUACCAUUUUGUAUCCUCUAGCACCAAAAAGGCCACCAAGCAACAUUUCCUGGAAGUUUUCCAGCACCAGCAUUAGCAUCAAGUGGGAUCCUGUGGUUGCCAAUUCAGAUGAGUCUGCUGUCACUGGGUACAAGGUAACUUGUAGAAAGUUCCCCCUCCACCACCGCCCUUGGCUGAAGGAUUCUUAACUUCUGAAAUGCAGUAUAAUAAGUCAGUGCAAAGUAUACCCCCCUGAGAAAUAACACUGGGUGGCAGGGUGGUAUUUCAUUAAUUUACCGAGUGAGCGAGACUCCUCAUAAAAUAAAUGCUCUAGGCAUUGCACAAAUAAAAAAUAAAUGAAAUAAAAAAUAACAGUAAAUCCAUACUGCAAUAAAACCACAAUAAACUUAAGAGACAACCGGCAUAAAAGUCCAGAUACACAACCAGCACAAUAAAAUGCUGUGUGCAGCACGGAACUAAGGCAACUAUCAAAUACAUACAUUAAAAACCACUAAGCUUUCCUGGGGGAAUUAAAUCCAGAUCUUAAAAGGCUGCUCCAUUCUUUCUCUGUACUGUGGUUCUGCAUCCGUUGGGCAGCUUUCCAUUUUCUCUGGGUGUAUAGCUGUGACUCUACACAUCCUUAUCUGUAAGUCCCAUCAACAUUUGAUUUCUAAACAAGGGCUUAACUCCCAAGUAAAUUUGCACAAGAUCAGGCUCAGGAACCUUCUGCAAGAUAUUGGAAAACGCACGUGCCGCCCCUGUGACUACUAGUUCCUUAAAAAUAAUGAGGGAUGGGAGUGAAGUUGAAGGGGACUCAGCAACAGUAAACUCAACAUGUCUCCUCCUAAUAGAUGCUGUACCAGUCGGACCCGCACUCAGCUCCUGUUCUGUACACAGCCGCCAAAAAUUGGAUUGAGAUCAUGGUUCCAGAAGACUCUACUCAUGCAGUGGUGCAAAUUAGGACGACUGGUCCAGGAGGAGAUGGAGUCCCAGCAGAGGUGCGCAUCCUGAGAAACAGUGGUGCGUCUGCUCUUCUCUUUUCUCCUUAUUCUACAUUUAUCGUGUAGGCUCAACUUUUCGCCCCAGCAGGCAAGUUGAAAACAGCAGGAUCAAUUGCCUUUAGUAACGGGCAAGUUUAUUCUCCCCUGGCUUUGUUACUUGGUUCUCUGCUUUGGUGUGACAGUGGAAAAUUAACAGGGGUAAAUGCUGGGGAAAUAACAAGAUUGAAUGCUGUAGUGCUGGAUCACAUUUCUCCAGUGUGGCAGAUGAAUAACGACUCUUGUUCCACACUUGAGUUGGGAAGUGUGCCUUGCCUGAACUCCUGUCGAGGGUCCAUGGGUAUUUAGUCAGAGCGUUUUGAUUUGGUAGUGAAAUGGGACAUGGAACCCAUCCCAUAAAUAUUCUAAUGCAUAUUAAAACCCUGGGUUUACCAUGAAUUGAAAUAGGUGAUGAGGGGGCAAAGGAGUUCAUUUCUGUGCAGACUUGGAUUAAAUAAAAUCUUAACUGGAUAAGAAUCACAGGGCGACCUUACUCUUGAAGCAAGCGCCAUGUGGCUCUGAGGUUCAUACUUCCAAGCCAGGGAGUAAGAAUUUUGAUGACAGCACUAGAAGUACAGGUUCAGCCACCACUGUGAAAUGUGUUUGGAACCUGUGUUUAGGAAGUUGAAGAAGCAAUGCAGUAGUGGAGCAUGGUGGAGGGUGGGGUAGCACCAGUACUUUGUUUCUUGAAAAGAAAGGUGCCGGUACUCUGGUCAGUUGCCCUGGGUGCAAAAUUUCCUCAGGGCCAGGAAAAGCAAUUAGAUGUAGAACAAUUCCUUCUUGGGGAAGGAGGCAGAAGGGCUCCAGGAUCCUGUUAGAGCCUUGCACCUCCUUCCCCAAGUCCAGGAAGUAUUUGCCCAGCUUAGGGAAGGAGAUUCAAUGCUGUGACAGGGUCCAAGAGCCCUUCUUCCUCCUUCCCAAUAAAAGGUGGUGGUACUGUGAGUGUCUGGAGGUGGUUGGAGGAUGGAUGGCAGCUAACAGAUUGAGGCUGAAUCCUGACAAGACAGAAGUACUGUUUUUGGGGGACAGGAGGAGGGCAGGUGUGGAGGAUUCCCUGGUCCUGAAUGGGGUAACUGUGCCCCUGAAGGACCAGGUGCGCAGCCUGGGAGUCAUUUUGGACUCACAGCUGUCCAUGGAGGCACAGGUCAAAUCUGUGUCCAGGGCAGCUGUUUACCAGCUCCAUCUGGUACGUAGGCUGAGACCCUAUCUGCCUGCAGACUGUCUCGCCAGAGUGGUGCAUGCUCUGGUUAUCUCCCGCUUGGACUACUGCAAUAUGCUCUACGUGGGGCUACCUUUGAAGGUGACUCGGAAACUACAACUAAUCCAGAAUGCGGCAGCUAGACUGGUGACUGGGGGCGGCCGCCGAGACCAUAUAACACCAGUCUUGAAAGACCUACAUUGGCUCCCAGUACGUUUCCGAGCACAAUUCAAAGUGUUGGUGCUGACCUUUAAAGCCCUAAAUGGCCUCGGUCCAGUAUACCUGAAGGAGCAUCUCCACCCCCAUCGUUCUGCCCGGACGCUGAGGUCCAGCGCCGAGGGCCUUCUGGCGGUUCCCUCAUUGCAAGAAGCAAAGCUACAGGGAACCAGGCAGAGGGCCUUCUUGGUAGUGGCACCCGCCCUGUGGAACGCCCUUCCAGCAGAUGUCAAAGCGAUAAACAACUACCUGACAUUCAGAAGACAUCUUAAGGCAGCCCUGUUCAGGGAAGUUUUUAACGUGUGAUAUUUUAGUGUAUUUUUGGUUUCUAUGUAAGCUGCCCAGAGUGGCUGGGGAGGCCCCGCCAGAUGGGCGGGGUAUAAAUAAUAAAUAAUAAUAAUAAUAAUAAUAAUAAUUAUUAUUAUUAUUAUUAUUAUUACUGUGUACCAUUGCAUACCACCAGGAAAAACUCAAGUUUAGUUGUCUCAAAUUCAUUUUGAAGAGGUAAGCAAACUCCUAAGAAAUCCAGUUAUAGUGGCUGACAUAUGCACACAGAAGCAGGACUGUUACAUCAGCUGCACACUUAAAAAUGUCUCUGGAACAAAGUCAGAAAAUAAUCGUGCCAGUGUUUGGUUUGGUUAAAAACACACACACAAAAAAAACCUUGGAGAAGAACAGAGUGAAACAGUAGUUCUUAAUCAGUAAAUCAAUAAUAUUGAGAAAUGUAUUGCAACGUAAGCAGUUGAGUGAUCAAUUAAGCAAUGCACUAAUUGAAUGACUAGAUCAACAAAGCUCUGUGUGCAAAUACAUUCCACUAUAAAUGGCUUGUAUUUUAGAAUACUUCUCUCCUGGCUGGCCUUGUUUCACUUAUGUAAGUAAAAGUUGGGCAUCCUUCAACUAGCCUAUCUUACCAUGAGCACUUCUCUUAUGUAAAAGGGAGAGAAAGAUCUGUAGUGGGAGAUGGACUGAGAAGGAUAAACUGGGAGUCAAGGGCAAACUGAGAAAUAUCUGCACAGCCUUCAUGUAACAGGAGGAGCUGGGAAUUUAAUGGGUGGAAUAGGGAGGGAAUCUGGGAACUGCAGGUGAUUGAAGCACCCUUGACAUGUCUCUAGGUACAUAAACAUUCACACAAUAGGCUUCCACCAUUUCAAAAAUGUUUUGCCAUCAGUGGGGUGUUUUGAAUAGGCCUGGAUUCUCAGCUAUAUUGUCAUGGCCCCAGCAGCCAAUCCAAAGCCAUAACAGGGACAGUUAAAGCACAAACCACAUGAGCCUCUUUUAGAAGCAUGGCUGGUACUCCACAUAUUCAGUCAUCACAUGAGAGGUGGCGGCAGGUAUGUGCAUGCAAGCAAAGCCAAGCUCCACACAUACGUCAGAAUGCACAUAGGGUGGGGCAUUCAUUGAACACACAGACCCCAAGCCAUGCUUCAGAAAUAUAUCAUGCAUAGCAUUGAUCUCCAGGCCCCCAGAAUCUGCCCCCACUGGUUCUGGAAUCUAGAGUUUGCUCCAGGACUAGAACAAUGCUGACUUGCUGAGCCAGUGCUUCGCCUUUGCCUUCCCCUGGAGCAUAGCAUACAAUGGAAAACGCAGAACAAACACUUAAGGAAAUUCUGAAGCUUCUGCUUGUUCAAAACAAAGGGCCUUUUUACUUGUGUUUUUGCAACUCAACAGCAUUGUUUCUUUCUUACAGGGACCAGUAUGAUGGUGCAAAAUUCUGCUGACCGUCCAGUGGCAAAUACAGUGGUUGCUCUGAUGUACUCACUAAUUCUGUCUGCACUAAUGGGUUGCUUGGAGCUCUGAUAACCAGCCCCUGUUAAAGAGAGAUGUUGGAUUCCUCCUCAUCAAGCCAGAGAGCAAAUCAACAACUGACCAUUGGGAGUACAAAUUUCUACUACAACUACUAGUAGAAAAGAACUCAAGAGAAAAUAUAUAUAUAUACUCUUUUCUUCCUUUUUCUUUUUUUAGAAAAUAGAAUAUUUCAUACAAGACGCGAGUCUUUAAUCAGUCAGUGGUUUUUUUUAACUGAAGAAACAAAAGGAUGAAUUUCAUAUGAAUUCUGGAAACUGGCUGUCUCAUAUUACUGUAUUCAGUAGAUUCUUCUGCCUUACAAAGCCAUGUACAGAAGGAAACAGACUCUUAAAACUCAAUCUUGAACCUUGUUUUCUUUCUUUCUUUUUUUAAAUUACAGAAUAAACGCAGUAUCUUUUGAGGAGAGGUUUUCAAAGAGACGAGCAUGCUCUGUAUCAUUCCAGCCAGUAUUGAACUGACGACUCUUGGGUUCAAAGAUGAAGGAGAACUCACUGAGUGGCAGCAUUAGUCUAAUCACUGCCUUUCAUGGCAACCAACUGAAGUGGAGAAAGCUAAUGGUGAUGGACAAGCAUUUCCCACCCCAGACUUUAGAAGAAGCAAGCAGAGCUUUGUGAAUGGGUUGCCAAAAGUAGAAAAUUGAGGCUCUCACGGGUGGAACCAAAAACAUUAAGUUGCCUUGCCAUGUGGCUUCCACCCAGUAUGUGCUGCUUGUAAUCUUCGGUGCUUUGCCACACUUGGCGCAACACACAUGCAUUUACCAGUUCUUGCAUUUUCCUUUGGUUUUCUUUCCUUCUCCUCCCCCUGCCCCACUCCACUAGGUGUUCUGAAGAGAAAGAGAUACCAGAGGAGCUUUUAUGUCAGGAGGGAAAGGUUCAGGGUCUGUCUAAAAGGACGUUUGAAUGCGGUAGACUGGAGGUGGUUACUGCAGAAGCCUCUUUCCACUUUUACAUAGUAAUAUCAUCUGUCCAAACUUCCAUUAACCUGCCUUGGACCUGAGAGCAAAUUCAAUCUAUUAAGUUGUCUUGCCUUUCCACCUGUAGGAAAGUUCUCAGGUCAUGUGUGGUUGCCAAACCAAUAAAUAUUUGGAAAUGUUAUGCCUCUCAAUGCCUACUGAUCACUGUCAGAACUAAAUAGUAGAUCAAUCGAGCGCCUGAACUGAGACAUAAGAAUGCUGACAGACACCUUUUGUUUCUCCGAACGUUCUUCAGUGAUUUAAUGUUUGUUCUUAGCUGGUUGAUCUCUCUUAGUGUGCUUUACAUCUUUCGUAGACUAAGGAAGGGGGAAAAACUUCAGCUCCCCAAACAGCUUGUAAGAACGAACCAAUAAGAUUAGUGUAGGAAUCCUGUUACGCACUAUAAAACACCCUCGUACUUUCCUGAACUCAGAAAAUAGGACAGAUGCUUACUGGGGCUACCCAGCCAGAUGGGAAGGGAAACGUUUAAGGUGCAGGAGUUGCUUCUUUUAGUGAUUGGACAACUUCUUCAGAUCUUAAACAUACAGAAAUGGCUUGAUGAUGGUGUUGUCCCCCUUGGUGAUGGUGUUCUUCAUAUUUCACAGUGUUGAACGGAUGUGGAUAGCAACCCCUGUAGCUACUCGGUUGGCUGGAGAGGUGGUGAUCAACUCUGGCAGCGUCUCCCCAAGCCAUUAUCAGCUCUAAUAAGGGGGUAAAUAUAGGUACUUCACUCACCUUCAAAGGAGAAAGCUAGAGAAAGAAAAGGUUCGUUACAAGUCUAUUUUAUUGUGUCUGCUCCAGUCCUAAGGUACCUACAUAGAAUGUGAAUUGUCCUCCAUAAUUUACAUCCUUUUUAGAAAUGUUAGUCUUAAAUUAUGUGCUAGCUUCCCCUUUUGAUGGAAGCUCUUCUGUUGUUCCAAUGCAAGUUAUAGCUAUGUUUUGUAUAUUUUAUGUGAAUUUUAGAGUUCUUGCUCUAUUUUUAUUGAAGGCUUGGUAUAUUUCUUGUUUGGGGUAGAUUGGUUGGCAUUAAGAGGUUUUGUUGGCAUUAAGGGAAUCUCUCCAACUUAUGAAGCAAAGUUUGUUCCCAAAUUGUUUGUAACUAGAUACUGGGAAAUGAACCAGGGACCUACUUCAUGUGGUCUACCAUUGAACUGUGGCUACUCAAGAUAUGUCACUUGUAGUUACUCAGAAGCAUCAGGUGUGAGUUAUCUCUGCAUGACACAUUAUGGUAUACUAAGCUUAAAUUAAGCUAGAACUUGGACCAGGAACCUAUCAAGUGAUCAAACCAAGUUGCCUUUGAAAAUGUGCAGCAUACCUUAACCUCUCCUCUAGAUAGCCAUGGAGUGGAAUCUGAUUAGAGGGUGUGGGUUCCAGGCAAGUUUGAGUUCCACCAUUUUGCUCUUCCAGAAAUUAAAUAGUGGUGGCAGCGUUCAGAGUAUCUUUGGUUCUCCAGAUGCUGCUGGACUACCAUCAUCCCUGACCAUUGGCCAUGCUGAUUACUGAUGAUGGGAGUUGAAGUUCAUCAACAUCUGGAGGGCCACAGGUUCACCAUACCUGUCCUCAACAGUGAGAGGUAAUAUAACAUGGGAUGGAAAAGGAAGUGCUCACCCAGCAUGCCGAGUUCUCCAGACAACCUGGGCAGAGAGGGCCAAGUGAUGACGGCUGGGUGUUUGAAAAACUGAGCCUUGAUAUUUUGAUGCUUAAACAAGAUGCAAACUGAAAAGGGCGCAGAAACCUGUUUUCCAGUGGUCUUGUAUCACUCCUUCAACAUAGUCUGCUCUACUUUGGUAAUGUGGAAAACCUAAAAACUGUAGAGUAACUUUACUAGCAUUGUGUAUAAGUGCGAUGCCAAUAGUUUUACAUUUGCAUUCUAUUAAAAACGGCCACUGGCGGGAUACAUCUUGUUGCUCUGCUCAUCUCUGUUGAGUUUGAUGGGGUGUAGCCUUGUCUCUUUUCAAGGGCAUGAAAAGGCCUUUUUUCUUCACUAAGGUGGGGUGUCUAUGAAUCCAGUCAGGGCCUAGGCCCUACCUCCUUGGCCAAGGAGUUCCACCUUGGUGUUAAGCUAGUUGUAUCUCAUUCCUCUUCUGCUCUUUCCCAGGGACACCCUUGGUUGUUCUCUCCUCCAUCUAAGGGGUGGGUGGGUGCCAAACCAAGCUGCCUUCUUAAAAAACAAACAAAAAAUCUUUAUCCUGACAGAAGAAAGUGUUGAAGGUAUCCUCCAGCUUGCACUGGACUGUUGGAAGUGGGGAUGAAAGAGCACAUUUUUAAGCAGACUGACCUUAUUUGCAUCUCCCAGGCUAAUAUAUGCCUAAUACGUGGAUUGGACCAUAGUUGACCUUCGAUUUUGCACUUCUUGGCCCAAAAUACAUACCAAAAUGUGUAAAAAUAAUAAUAAGUGUUUUUUAAGGUUAAAGUAGAUUUAGAAAUGCACACAUGGAUAUGAAAUACACAUUUAAAUAUGAUUUUUGUAAUAAAAAUACAUAUUUAAAUGAUAUUUAAAUAUGAAUUUCUGUACUGAUUUUUAAUAAAUUGCAGAUUGAUAAAGCAGGAAGUGAUAGAUUUGUGAACGAACAUGAGAGAAACUGACAGAGACUGGAAAUAGACAGAUCUGCCUAUCUCUAGCUGGAAGCUAUUUCUUUGGGAGCUAACACAGCGUUGUGAUUGGCUAAGAGACAUGACCUGUAAACCAAGAGUUGCUUGAUUCACAGCUUGCCUCUGCCAUGGAUGCAGUAGGUGGCCUUAGACAAGCCGCUAUCACUCAACCUCAGUGCCUCAUCUGUAAUAGGGGAUGUGAUAAUAAUACUGAUUUGCCUUUCAGGAUGAUUUGUAAGGAUCUCUGAGAUCAUGUACGAGGAGCACUUUGAGGACUCCAAAUUGCUACGAAAAUGUUAUUGUACUUUUCAGUUGCAUAUAUUGUUUUGUUGCAGUUCUUCUCUCCUGUUGACCUGAAGGAGUAUUUUGACAGCAGUGUGCAAACUCAAGUCAGGGUGUAUAGAAAAGCAAGCGGGAGAUUUUGUUCCACACAGGCAAAAAGGGAGAGGCAGACCAUGUCCCCUGCGUGGGCCAUAUAAGAGUGUUUCAUGCCCUUAUCUAAAAGCAUGCAAGGUAGGCAUUUGUGCAGUGCAUCAGUGUGUUUUGGUAGGCUGCAUUUUAGAAUGAGGGAAUUUCUCCAGAGAAGCAAAAAAAGACAUCCUUGUUGUAUUCUAGCAUGCAAUCUAGAAUACUUCCAAUUCCGCUCGGCUUCAAACGAGGCUGAACCCUGUGGAGAACUUCAUGCCUAUAGCUGUGCUAAUGAAACAGUUUGUUAUAGUUUAUGUAAUGUGCAUAGAAUGGGAUAGAACUGGGCAUGCCAGAGACACUUUGCAAAUGUUAACAUUUCCUUGGGCUCAGGUGGGGCUCAGGGCAGGUAUCUUCAUGCUGAACUGCAUCCCUGGCAUAUUACUGGCAAAAUUCACCUGUGACACAUUGAUUGGAAAGGAUACCAGUUGACUUUUUUCCAUGAGUGUCACUCUAGACUUCAGACUUGCUGUUUAAAAUAAAGCAGUGUUUUAAAAUAUAAAAGUGAGACAUGAUUAGGAUGUAUGAUAAAUAGCCCUGUGAAAUUACGUGUGUAUGUAUGUAUGUAUGUAUAUUUAUAUGUGCAUUUGUUUUUGAAUUUGUGUUAUUUCUUCUCAUGCAUUGAAAUAUAUUCUUUUUGUUACAUUUACAUUCAUACUCCAACUUACCAUGUAUAAAUAAAACUGCAGUACACAU